AACCAAUGGUAAGAACACGUUUACCAGAAUCUCCAUGGGAAAUAAUUGCUUGUGAUUUACUUGGUCCAAUAAACAAUAAUAUUUACAUUCUAGCAAUAAUCGAUUAUUAUAGUAGAUGGAUUGAAAUAGAUAUUCUGAAAUCUAUUACAUCGUCAAAGAUUGUUCAGUCUUUAGAUCGAAUGUUUCUUACUCAUGGAUUACCAUGUGAGUUAACGUCUGAUAACGGUCCACAAUUUGUGUCUUCUGAGUUUGAGGAGUUUUGUGAGAAAAAUGGAAUUUAUCAUCGCCGUAUAACUCCAUUAUGGCCACAAGCAAAUGCUGAAAUCGAAAGACAGAUGAGAAAUUUAAACAAAGUAAUUAAAAUUUCUUAUGCGCAAGGAGGAAAUUUAGAGGAGGAACUUAAUAAAUUCCUAACAGCGUAUCGUACAACACCUCAUGGGACUACUGGAAAAGCCCCAGAUGAGAUGUUAUUCAAGAGACGUCUUCGCACAAAGAUACCUGAAUUGGUUCCUUUUGAUAAAUGUGAUGAAGAAGUACGUGAUAGGGAUGCAGUUCUCAAACAGAAAGGAAAGGAAUAUGCGGAUGACAAGAAGAAUGCAAAAUAUCCUGACCUCAAAGUUAAUGAUAAAGUUCUACUACAGCAGCGUAAAACGUGUAAGACAACAACUAUGUAUGAACAUGAUCCUUACGAGAUUGUUGACGUGAAUGGUUCACAAGUGACAAUCAAAUCAGGUGAAGGUGUUUGCUACAAACGCAAUUCUUCACACGUUAGAAAAUUUGAAGAAUCAGAUUUACCAUCGGGAAAUGAACAUAUUGACGAGUCGGAACAUUUCAAAGAACCGGACACUAAUGAACAAGUGAUAGAUAAAUCGUUGGUCGUUGCUGAACCAAGACGUUCAUCCAGAAGUACAAAAGGAAGAGCUCCAGAGAGACUUGAUUUAUGAAGAGGCAUCGUAACGAUAAGUACAAACAGUAUAUAUUAGACAUUAAGAUUAUCAAUUAGAAGUUAAAAAUAAUUGUUCUAAAACAUUGUCUUUUGCGAACAGUUAGACACACUUAACAGUUAGAUACACUUAACAUUUUUAAUUAUAAAAAAAUUAGAAGAAAAAAAGGGAUAUAGUGUUUAGUGAUAAUGUACAGUUAAUAUAUGCAUAAUAGAUUAGUAUGGAUAGUUAAGUAUAAAUAUGGAUCGUAGAAGUCGGCCAUAUUGAUUAUUGUACUUCAGUAACACAUGUACAAGUUAGUAAGUUUUUCUGGUUGAAAUAUAAAUCUCUUAUAAGAAAGAGACACUAAACGUUGCACUUUUGCACUUUGCACUUUUGAGAAAAAAUGAGACACGUUGCACUUUUGAGAAAAAAUAAUUUACCGCCAGCAUACUAACACAAAUAUUUAAUCCACUGUCUGAAAGACGUUUUUAAAAAUACACAAUAUUUUCUUUGCUUCAAGUGACCAGCAUAAUUUUUAGUUUAGGUUUAUGCCUAGGCAGGAAAUAAUAAAAUAUGUAAGUUUCAAGAAGUUAGAAUAAAAGCGCAAGAUGAACUGUGAGAUAUAAAAAAGCUCAAAUAUCACUUGCGUAAUUAACGUUUUAACUUGUUUUCGAACGCGUCCGAAAAUAAUUUCGAAAAAUUUUUUAAAACUGACUACAAUCUCAAAGUCAACGUUUUUUGUUCAUUUUAUGACUGACUUCUUCCACACAGAAAGUUUGAAGGAAAUCUGUAAUCUUAAGAAAUUCAAGUGGUCGGUUUUUACACGGACUGCCUCUUAAUUGGUCAUAUACCAUAAACAUAACGUUUAUUUAUUUUCAUUUGUUUUUUUUGUUUGUUUCAUUGUUUGUUUUUUAUUGUUUGUGUUUAUUGUGCUAUCAUUACAUGUAAAUGAAUGGUAUUGUGCUAUCGAAGUACAGUUGACUGCUGUGACAUUCAGGUAGCUUAGGCACUGUUUAUGUGGUCUUGGAUACGUAGUUUAUAUGAUAAAAUGACAAAAACCUAACAUGGGAAAAUACUCCGUUUUUGUCCUAUUGCACAUGCCUAGGUCUGAAAGUUGUCCCUGGAAGCCGAGGCAAACUGUUUACUGCAUGGACAAGUUUUGUCCCCUCCUCCAGGUUACCUUUAGAGUUCAAUGGGUGACCCUCUUUCGUAAACAGAGUGACCCUACUGCCAGGGUCACCCACUAGCCGAGAUGGAACUUUCCAUACUAAACACUUGCGUUUGAGCUGCUAUAAUGUCAAUGUUAUUUUGCCUUGCUCAGAACAGCCCCGGGGUUAGGGUGCCCCUGGUAACCGAGAUCAUAUGAACAGGUCCUCAAUAUUCUAACUUAGGACUGACUUGCAUGUACUCCUGUAGUGAUUUUUUUCUGUGUUCAUUUGAGUGGUAUAAACUAAAUAACCAACCAGCGGUCUAUUACAAAUUCUGUGAUCUGAUUGGCUACACACUAUUAAUUGUCUACACGCUAUUAAUUGUCUAUUUGUGAUCGACCACUAGUAGCAAAAAAGGCCCGUCAAAAACUGCUUUAUGCCGGAAUUUUACAAAUUUUAUCUGCAGUAACAACAAACUGAUAAGGUCCUUACCUAAACUCUAGAGAGAACAGCAUAGAUGUAUGACCAGUUAAGUAUCAUUCAAGUCUUUUUCUUUCAUAAAUGAAGUUAAAAAAUAAAAAUUAGGAUGUCGUCACAGAAUGAGGAAGCUGUUGGCAAGGAAAGUAUAUCUUCAAAUACAAGGUCGAGAUCCAGGAUAGUAAGCAGAACUUUAGAUCAAGGUAAUAUCUGAACAUGCUAGGGAUCUCAAAUUACGUAAGGCCGGACAUUUGGCCGAUGUAAAACAGAAAACUCAAAAAUUAGAAGAUGCUCUGGCUAAUGAAACAGAUUCUGCCGUUGUUGAGCAAGCCGUGAGCGAUUAUGAGACUGCAUUUAAAAAGUUUUUGGAUUCGUAUGAGAAAUAUCUAGAGUGUGAAGUCGACGAAGAUAAAGCAGCCAUUGCUAUAGACAUAUAUAAUAAUCAGAAAGACAUUAACUCUUUCUCGACAACCGGUUUCGUAUUACAUUUCGAUACAAUUUUUCUAAUAUAAAUAUCUCGGCGAGUAUUUACCCCCCUUUUAAAUAAAUGCCACCAUUGAAAUCCUCACAAUAUAACCUUUCGAACGGGGGGAGGGGGUCAAGUGCCGUCAAAACAUUACACAAACCAAAACAAUCAUAUAUUUAUACUCAUGGCUUCGCCAAACAUUCAAAUGGGAAAAAGAGAAAAAGUUGAAUAUAUUCUAAAAUUUGGCAUCACUUUCUGAAAGGAUAUAUGUGCAAAAUACUCUUUGUAUUCAAGCGCUUUAGUGUAGAAAGUUUCGUAUGAAUACGGCGAGUAGAAAUAUUUAUUUUGAAUUUUUCAAGGUAUCGGGUUUUACUCGCACGCGCUUGUAUUACGUAAUACUUGGCCAAUAAGGAGCUCCCUUUAGCCGGGAUGACAUCAAACUCACGCGUGCACUUUGACCUGUAGAAUCCAUUUCUGGCAUUUCCAGAGUCACGCGAUACAAACUACGCAUUGUUUUGACGGUUUUUCGUUGUAUUUCCGGUUUGGGAUUAACGCAAAUUCGGGCAGAAAUGCAAAAUUCGCCAAGAACACUCACGUUUUAAAGAUAGAAGCUUGAAAAUAACACUAUACGUGUUAUUUUUAACUGCUUCAUUCAUCAAGAAUACAAGAAUGAGCAUACGUCUCAAGGGGCCGAAGUUAUGUUCGGUGAAAGGUAUGUCUAUGUUUAUAAUUUGUUAGUAAUAUUGCAUAAUUUGAUCAUAUAUAAGCCCGUUUGACUUUCAAAGCUUAUAAAUCGCUACAAUGUAGCCAUUGACUAAAACUAUCAUUAUAAACUAGUAUAUAUUUUUACACUGAAUCGAAUGGUGGUAUUUUCAUCUACAUAACGUUUACUGAACCGAAGAUAUGAAUAAAACAGACUUAGUACGUGCACAUACUAAGUUUAAUGGCCGUGCUUUAAAAGAGUUAACAUAUGGUAUAAAGGCUGUAUGAACAGAUAUGAUAGGAAGAAUGAAGAGAGAAGAUUGUCAAGUGCUAGAUCCGCCAUAAGUAGGAGGACUAAUAGCCAUAGAAGUUAUGCUAGUACUGCAUUAAGUAGACAAAGCAGUGUUAAGGAAAGACUUAGACAAAGAGAAGAAGCGAAGUUAAAAGUUCAAGCUCUUGAAGAUAAGCAAAGGAUUGAACGCCAGAUAGAAGAGGAACAGUAUGAAAUAGAAAGAAGGAAACUAGAAUUAGAGAGAGAAAUGUCAUUGAGGAAGGCCGAAAGUGCGAGGAAACUUCAGCUUUUGGAUGUCGAGACCGAUCUUAAGUUGGGUGAGACAAACCUCAAGAUAGAAACAGAAGAUUUUGACAACGAAAGCGAACAAGAAAUACAGCAUAGUGUUGCUCAAGACACUGGCGUUUAUUUACCUAGAGAGUCUAAGAAAUCAGAACUGAACAUUAUAUCUGCUGACCAGAAUACCACGUCGCCUACUCAAGGUACAAGUUCCACUACCAAGACAGCUGAAACCUCUGGCCAACAUAAUACCAUUGCAGUCGGUGGUAUCGAAUGUCCCACUAGCAGUAACAUUGAUCAGAAUAGAAACCCUCCAGUUUACGAUUUGGCUUCCACCAAACGGAACACCCAACCCCUGGUUAAUUCCUGUGUCCUGAGUACCAGUUCCACUAUUCCGCUCUGCUUGUAAUACCCUUGCAAGUAACCACCAACCGCAACCAACAUAUGUUUAUCAGCCAGUGCCUUCCUCAGUCUAUCAGUCGUAUGUUCCACCAACUUGGCUUAUUCCCCUCAAUCGUCGCACUACCAAGUACCAAAGCCUAUUAUCGAUCCUUGGGUGACUUUAGCGGAGACACUUAAACAGGACCAUCUCUACCCAGAGUCCAGCUGAUGAAAUUCAUUGGUGAUCCAGCCGAAUAUGCUGAAUUCAUGACAAACUUUUGUGAUAACAUUGAAAGCCAACUACAAGAUAGUUCUCAGAGGCUGACUCAGACUUCAUGCUGUGAAGGAAAGGAAAACGAAGCAAUUAAAAGUUGUGUGAGUUUACCAGUCCACCAGCUGUAUGCCACAGCGUUGGAUACAUUACGUAAGAAUUUUGGUCAACCACAUAUGAUAAUGAAUGCAAACAUGAACAAAUUAAAGGAUAUUCAGUUAAGAAGAGCAGACGUUCCUAAUCUCAUGGAAUUUGCCAGGAAAUUAGAUGAUGUUAGAAGAACACUUACCAGCUUGGGUCAACAUUAUGUUUAUCGUUUGGAUAAUGAAGAUACAUUAAAAAUGUUAAUGAAUAAGCUGCCAAACCAGAAUCUGAAGAGAAGGUAGGCUGACAAAGCCGGCGAUUUCAUAAUAUCUAGAGCACAAGUAAAAUUUGGAGAUUUCGUUGAGAAGGCUGGAGAUCGCUUAAAUAAUGUGUUUGGAGAUGAACUUAGCUCCAUGGCUCAGAAAAGACAAGAUGAAACAAAGAAGAGAUAUCCCAACUGAUCAAAAGGCGAUGAGAUUAGCACCUUCGCUAACCAAGGUAACAUGUAAGAUUACAAGAGUCGGAUAACAAGAAGCGGCAGUCCUGCAACUUAUCCACCUUGUUCCAUGUGUUCUGGAAGUCAUGCAAUUUGGAAGUGCGAAACGUUCAAGACUUCUUCGUAUCCAGAAAAGUUGAAAGUUGUCUCACGAAAGAAAUUGUGUAGAAGAUGCCUUGAAGGAGGGCACUUUGCAAGGUCGUGCAAAAGAAGAUUUAUUUGCAGGAAAAAGGAUUGCGGCCGAGAACAGCAUGAUUUGAUGCACCCACCUGAAACAGAAAGCAAGGAGGAAGCUAAAGAGGAUUAUGAUGGUAAAUUGGGCGCGGAAUGCUCUCAACCUCCAUCACCCGGUAAUGUGACGAAACAUACAAAUGCAAUGAGUGAAGAUGCACAAGUGACAGUUGGAGUGGUCAAUGCGAGGCAUCCUAGAGUUUGUUUCAAGGUUAUACCUGUGAGAGUUUGUGGCAGCAGAAGCCCAAAGGAACUUAUAACCUAUGCCUUUCUCGACAGCGGAUCAGAUACCAGCUUGUGUUUAAGUAGCCUUGCCGAAGAGUUAUUCCUAGAAGGAAGACCGGUUGAAUUUACAAUGAUGACAGCAAAUUACAAAGGAAAGAGGACGGCCAGUGACGUGCAGUUGCAGGUUCAAGCCCUAGAUGGAUCCGCAGACUUCACAAUUGAUCAUGUGCUGACAGUUGACAAUAUACCAGUUGCACCAAGACAUUUUGCAUCCAACAAAGAGCUUAAGAAAUGGCCUCAUUUAGUGGGUGUGGAGUUACCAGAGGUUGAUGUAAAGAAAGUAACUCUCCUUAUUGGAUGCGAUUGCUCAGAAAUAGUGGAACAGAUAUUGGAAAGCAAACAUGGAAGAGGUGAACUUGUAGCAGUAAGAACCCCACUGGGAUGGACGGUAUGUGGGCCAAUGGGAAGUUCAUUCCAUAAAGAAGCCUCGAUUAACUUCACCCGGAGUGAGCAUGAGGUGGAGAUAAGUUCCCAGCUGGAACGUUUGUACAAUGCUGAAUUCAACGGUAAUAUAUCCAGCACUGAACGUAAAAUGUCUGUUGAAGACCUGAAAGCGAAGCAGAUCAUGGAUGAUUCAGUAAAGCUUGUGAAUGGACAUUACCAAAUGAAGCUGCCCUUUAGUAAAGCCGAGAUGGUAUUGCCUGAAAGUUGAACUGUAGCAGAAAAAAGAUUGGAGUGGUUGAAAUGGAGCUUAAGGAACAAUAUACAAAGGUCCUGGGAAAAUAUGAAGAGGAGAGAUCUUCAAGGCAAGUAACCAAUCAACAGCUCAGUAUGUUAAAUCCCAUUUGGUAUCUCCCACAUCACACAGUUUUCAAACAGUUGAAGCCAAAAGAGCCCAGAAUAGUAUUUGAUUGUGCCUCAAAGAGUGGAGGAACAUCCUUGAAUGAUGAAUUGUUGCAAGGGCCGAUGAACACGAGCACUUUACUCAGAGUUAUUCUAAGAUUUAGAGUUGACGAAGUAGCAGUUGAUAUAAAGAGGAUGUUCCACCAGGUGUAUGUAGCACCUGAAGACAGUGGUGCAUUGUGCUAUCACUGGUGGCCUAAAGGAGACAUGAUGAGAAAACCGGUGACUUAUCAGAUGCUGGUUCACUUAUUAGGCGCGACAUCCUCUCCCAGUGUGUGGCUAUGCUCUAAGGAAGACAGCGCUAGACAACGAGAGUAAAUUUUCUAGACAUGCUGUCGAAGCUGCUUUUAAGGGAUUUCUACGUCGAUGACCUGUUGAAAUCGUUCGCUAGUAAUGAUAAAGCUAUAGCAGUUUCAAAGGAAAUCCAAAGAAUGUUAAACCUAGGAGGAUUCAAUUUAACGAAGUGGAUCUCGGAAGGGUGUGCUCUCAUCGAUUGCCACAGUAUACGAUCCACUUGGGUUCGCCAGUCCGCUGCUUCUUCCUGGCAGAGAGGUCAACCAAGAGCUAUGUACAUUGAAGUAUAACUGGGAUGAUGAGCUUCCACCAGACAUCGCGGAAAGAUGGAGAACUUGGAAGAAAGUUCUUUCAAGCCUGACGCAUUUUGGAAUCCCUCGUUGUUUCAAACCAUCGGACUUUGGCAAAGUUGCAAGAGUGGAGCUUCACCAUUUCGCUGAUGCGCUGGAAGAGCAUGGCUAUGGAACAGUUUCUUAUUUUCGUUUCGUUAAUGAAUACGGUCGUAUCCAUUGUAGCUUUAUCUAUGGGAAAUCAAGGGUUAAAUCACUCAGAAGCGGAAUGACGGUGCCGAAGAUGGAAUUAACUGCAGCGACUGUUCUGAUAUCAGUAAAUGAUCUAAUCAUGAGAGAGUUGAAAGACAGACUUCAGAUCGAUAGCAUCACAUUUUGGACAGAUUCAGUGCUCAUCCUCAGAUACAUAUUUGUAGUGUCCUUAGAUACAGUAUCGUAUUACAUCUUAAACUAAUUACCUUAUGCUUGUAUAUAAUAGUUAUUUCUUAAUAUCACAUUACAUUAUUAUUGCACACAAGUGCGUGCGUGUGUUCGAUUCGAGGUUAUAAUAUAAACACAACAUCUGGCGACGAGGAUACUUAAACAAAAAACGAAGUUUACGAAUCCAUCGCUUCUGUACUGCGUACACCACUUCUGUAAUCCAGAUAUCUACUGAACAGUCCUUCGACGCAAGGAAAUCACGCCAAAUUCCACGACAGACAUUGCGAAUUUGCGGUCAAUAUCAAGCACGAAUCAACAGCGCCGCGCCACAACAUUCAGUCCGUAUGGCUACAUCACUACCCGUUUUUCCACCGUUUGACGUUCACCUUGACCCUAAUGCUGGUCCACGUUGGACCAAAUGGCUUACUCGCUUUGAACGCUUAAUUGUUGGCAUGAAUAUAACUGAUGCUACCCAGAAACGAGCGUUGUUAUUACACUACGCUGGCCCAGAUGUUGACGAUAUUUUUGAAACACUACCCGACACGGGUGAAGACAAAGAUUAUAAAAAAGCUGUAGAAUGUUUAAACACGUAUUUCGUUCCGAAAGUCAACAUGGUCUACGAGGAAUAUCAAUUUCGUCAGGCGAAACAGCGCUCGAAUGAAAACCUAGCUUCGUAUCAUACCCGGCUUAGACAGCGUGCUAAACACUGCGGUUUUGCUGACGUUGACAAAGAAAUUCGCACACAAAUUGUCUUCAGCUGUACCUCUCACAAGCUUAGACUACGUGCCCUUCGCGAGGACCGCAGUCUUACAGCCCUUCUCGAAGCCGGUCGUGUAGCUGAGAUCACUGAUCGACAAGCCAGAGACAUUCAACCUACCAAUACUGACCAAAGCGUCAAUGCCCUUCCCUCACGUAACAAACCAUAUCCUGUCCACCCGGAUCCGAAUGCUCCGCCCCACACUCCCAACAAUCAGCGACCACACACUCAUUCUCUCUGUCGAAAUUGCGGCGGACCGUUUCCUCAUGCUAUUUCCUGCCCUGCCAACGGGAAAACGUGUCGUUCUUGUGGCAAAAAUGGACAUUUUGCCAAAGUUUGUCGCUCCAGACCCCAGCAACGCCCUCGUUUUGUCCAACAAAUAGCUGAUGAUCCUGAGCAAGACCCUGCCUAUACCUUUGUUAUCCACUCCGAGCCGCAAGUCCUCAACACCUUUUCGCCAUCCAGUGCGCCCCUCCGCCCCUCUCCAUCUUGCAUCGUUAACAUUGGUGGCCAGCCCAUCUUUGUCCUUGUCGAUUCCGGUGCUUCUGCAAACCUCCUUGAUGAAGCGACCUACAAUUCCAUCACCCAUAACACGCGACUCUCUGCCAUGUUAAACCCUCCCACCACCAAAAUAUACUCCUACGGCUCCACCACUCCUUUACCUUUACUCGGAAGUUGGUCCACCUCUGUUCGUCAUAAGUCCACAACUGUUAAUGCUACGUUCCACGUCACAAAAGGCAACAGUGGCAAUCUUCUCAGUUGCACUACCGCCCAACAACUCAACCUAUUAACCCUUAACGUUAAUUCCACCAUGUCUGGUCAAACCAUCCUCCAUGCCUUCCCUCAUCUGUUUGACGGCAUUGGCCAGGUUAAAGGGAAAGAAAUCAAGCUCCAUAUCUCAAACACUGUAACCCCAAAGCAACAGCCACAACGCCGCAUUCCUUUCCACGUACGCAAAGACGUUGAACAAGAACUGAAACGCCUCGAACAGCUCGACAUCAUUGAAGCCGUUGACGGGCCAACGCCAUGGGUAAGUCCCAUUGUGGUGGUACCCAAGAAAUCAGGUGAAAUACGUAUAUGUGUUGACAUGCGUGAAGCCAACAAGGCAAUCGGAAGAGAAAAGCACCUCAUGCCAACCUUAGAUGACCUCAUCGCCGACUUGAACGGAGCGUCCGUUUUUAGCACCCUUGAUCUUGCUUCCGGUUACCACCAGCUAACCCUAGCCCCAGAAAGUCGUCACAUCACCACCUUCAGCACCCACGUUGGGCUAUGUCGAUACAAGCGCCUGAUGUUUGGUAUCAACGCUGCAUCCGAGAUAUUCCAGAACGCCAUCGCUGAACUGCUUGCUGGACUACCCGGAUGCAAGAAUAUCUCUGAUGAUAUUAUUGUGUACGGAAAAGACCAACUCGAACAUGAUCUUAACCUCCAAGCUGUCCUUCAACGCCUCUCAGAUUACAACGUGCGCUUAAACAAGCACAAAUGCCACUUUUCUCAGUCCCAAGUGUGUUUCUAUGGUCAUAUCUUCAGCGCUAAAGGAGUCCAAGCUGAUCCUGCGAAAAUCGACUCCAUCCAACAAGCCCGCACUCCUCAAAACGUCAGCGAAGUUAAGUCUCUGCUUGGUUUGUCCCAAUACGUCUCUCGAUUCAUCCCCGACUACUCUACUAUCACUGCUCCACUACGUGCUCUCACUCGAACUGACGCCGAGUGGAAAUGGACGACCGACGAACAAACGUCCCUCAACAACCUGAAAUCAGCGCUAACGGGACAGAACGUAAUGUCCUACUUUGAUCAAAACAAGCCAACUGAAAUCAUCGUCGAUGCCAGCCCUGUCGGUCUCGCUGCCCUUCUCGUUCAAGAUGGAAAAGUCAUCAGCUACGCCAGUCGCGCUUUAUCUGACGUUGAAAGUUGUUACUCGCAGACGGAACGCGAAAUGUUAGCCGUCGCUUGGGGAGUUGAACACUUUCAUCUUUACGUCUACGGCUCACAUUUUCAGAUCAUCACGGAUCAUAAGCCUCUUCUCGGCAUCUUCAAGACCCAGAAACCUGCAACACCGCGCAUGGAUCGAUGGAAACUCCGCCUCAUGCCUUAUAAUUGCCAGUUACAAUAUCGACCGGAAUUUUUCCUUAAAUUCAUUCUUUUUGUAAUCAUGGAAUCUCAGUUUAUGAGUCGUACCAGACAUUAAAACCUGUUUCGACCGGGAUAACUGUACACCAAUCCUAAUAGUAGCACUAUUUUCCAUCCAGCAAACUGACCUGACGUCAUUUUCGGAAGAGAGAAGAGGUGUUAAACCUGUUUUCCACUUUGACCGUAUCGUAGCAUUUUCUUUUGUGUUGAAAUCAUUAGUUCCACUCUAGCGCUCAGGAAACAAAGAAAUACGCUACGUUUCGGUACACGGCAAAAAACGCCGAGCCCGCUGCUCAACAGGAUUGAACAAUGUUUUGCUGCCCACAUUGUUUACACUUGUCAACAAUAUUGAACACUGUUGUUGAGCCUGAAUAUUGUUCAAUAUUGUUGAUAGCUAUGAACAAUGUGGGCAGCAAAACAUCAUCAGUAUUGCAUCAACCUGAGCGUUUUUACGCGUGUACGAUACGGUUGAAGUGGAAAGCGACCUUUAAAUGGCUAUGUAACUAACACAAACCCUACACCUAGUCCCUACUCUAACCCUUAACCCUAACCCCAACCCUAACUCUAACCCUAAUCGAAUUAAUAAAAAAACGCAAAAAAACGACUUUAGAAAAUCGAUAGGGCGGUUUGCUGGAUGGAAAAAAGUGCUAACCGCCAAAAUCAUUGGAAAAUCAUAGGAAAAAACAAGAAAUUGGGCUUCUGUAUGACCCUUUCUGUGCCCUGGUUAUAAUGCGCUACCGCUUAUAACUUUUGGUACAACUGGCCUGAAACUUAAAAUAUUGAUUCAAUUAGUUUAAUAUCAAUAUAUUUAUUGAAAAAUAGCUAUUAUGUCAAAAUAAGAAAACUUAAGAUUCUCACACGAAUAGGCAAUGUUUUUAUGAGCGACUGUUCAUCGUUAGUUGCAAACGACGGUAAUAUAAACAAGGUCAAGGUUUUAUCGAAAGCGAUUGACUGUUAGAUUUCCUUUUAUACUAUUUUAUAACUAAAUAAUGUUAUUUCCUACAAAUUUAGCUUUAUUGUAGCUUUAUCGAAAGUAUAAAAAAAAAACAUGGAAACGGCGAAUUACUAUAGAUUGAAAAUAAUUAUUAAACUAUGAUUGAAAUUAUCGACGUAGAAUACUAUUUCGUUGUAUUAAAUUUCAAUAGUAUAAUGAGAAUUUUGUUUGAUAUUUUAAUAUAUUUCAUGUUAUUUACAAAAUGUACUGUAGUUUUGAAGUUUUGCACACAAUAUAGUAUAUAUUGAGUAUAUAUAAAAAAUUGAGUAUUUUGAUAGCGUAGCCAGGCUUCACGAUAUAAAUGUUAAAAACGACUGAUAAAUAAUCAUUCAUUUUAUGAUUAAUAUUUUAUUGCGAGCACAACUGCUCCAGAAUCACAACAAAUAACAGAAUAUAAGGAAAAUUAAAACCAGCAAAGCUUUAUCUACCUUGAUCUAUUUUUAAAGGCGUUCAAUUAUGUAAAUUUUCCGCGAACACUCGAACAUUUUUCUUUCCCUUUCCUCGAGCAUGAGUGAUGAAAUGCUCGUCGGUAAAACUCGGUAUUUGUCGUAUUUUACGAAUUUGCCACGUGACCGGUACGCUCACCAAUGAAAGUUGCAUGCCAUAUAUGGCAUGCAACAAAAAAUUAGUUAGACCAGCAAUUUGGCCCGCGGCCCGCAAUUGUUUUAACCCGCAGCCCGCAAAACCUGACCCGCAGCCCGCAAAAUAGCUAGACCCUAGUCACUAGACUGCCGGCCAUUUAGUAUUUGAUAAACUGUGACCGGCUGCCGGUCAUAUAGUCACUUUGAUAUAUUAAAUAUUAAAAACGACUGAUAAAUAAUCAUUCAUUGCAAGCACAACUGCUCCAGAAUCACAACAAAUAACAGAAUAUAAGGAAAAUUAAAACCAGCAAAGCUUUACCACCUUGAUCUAUUUUUCUAAGGCGCUCAAUUAUGUAAAUUUUCCACGAACACUCAAACAUUUUUCUUUCCCUUUCCUCGAGCAUGAGUGAUGAAUUGCUUGUCGGAAAAACUCGGUAUUUGUCGUAUUUUAUGAAUUUCCACGUGACCGGUACGCUCACCGCCGCUCACCGCGACACAAAAUUUAGAGCUAUAUGAAAGUUGCAUGCCAUAUAUGGCAUGCAACAAAAAAUUUGUUAGGCCAGCAAUUUGGCCCGCGGCCCGCAAUUGUUUUAACCCGCAGCCCGCAAUUGUUUUAACCCGCAGCCCGCAAAAACUGACCCGCAGCCCGCAAAAUAGCUAGACCCUUAUCUGUUCCUGAGAUUAAUGAGGCGGAGAAAACUAUUGUCAAAGUUGUUCAACAGGAAUCGUUCUCACAAGAACUUGGGUGGAAAAGUUCUUCGGUUAAAAUUUUUAUGAAAUGGAAGCAGUAUUUUCAAGCUAAAGCCAUUUUUAGUGUGAAGUUUCUUCGAAACUUCACAGUAUUGUGAUGACUGGGGGGAAAUUCACACGAAUCAGUCAGUCAUUCAUUCAUUCAGUCAUACAGUAAACUUUCCGGGGGGUGUAUACGAUAUAUGUUCGUAGUGAUUUAUCGUACUUAGUCAGUGCUUUGAAGGUUAUUUAGGCAAUUUCAGUUAACUUAUUUACAUAUUCUGUUAUCCUUUUGCCAAGUUCACAAAAAUAUCGAGGAAUCGCUUUCGUUAUUGUAAUUUUUUGUAAAUUUUAGAACAUUUGCUUCUCAUGUUGUGUAAAGGAUCUUUACCCCGGAACACCCGAUUUUUUCUUUAGUAGCGCAAAUGCGCAUGCGCUAUCAAGCCGUAGAUCACGAUGGCGUGACGAUAUGCUAGGAAGGAGUGACAGUGUUGUUUUCAGAUGUAUAAACAUUUCAGACGUGAAUAUUGAGUAAAUCUUUGAAAAUCUACGCAAAAUACAAAUUGAUCUUAUGCAUUACGGGCGUUCAAUUAAGUGCCGAUAAUAUUUAGACGGUAUAUUCAUUAUACAGAGCUAGGAAGGAGCUAGACAGUGCAGUCAAGUGUGUAAACAUUUCAGACGUAAAUAUUGAGUCGAAUAUCUUGAUUCUAGGCAUUAAUUUAAGUGCCGAUAUUAUUUUCACGGUAUUCUCAUUAUACAGAGGUACAGUACGUAGGCAGAAGCGAGACAGUGUUGUUUUCAAGUAUAUAAACAUUUCAGACGUGAAUAUUGAGUAAAUCUUUGAAAAUCUACACAAUAUAUAAAGUGAUCUUAUGCAUUACGGGCGUUCAAUUUAAUAAGUGCCGAUAAUAUUUAGACGGUAUAUUCAUACAGAGCUACGAAGGAGCUAGACCACCUAGACAGUGCAGUUAAGUGUAUAAACAUUUCAGACGUAAAUAUUGAGUCGAAAAUCUUGAUUCUAGGCAUUCAAUUGAGUGCCAAUAUUAUUUUCACGGCAUACUCAUUAUACAGAGGUACAGUACGUAGGCAGAAGCGAGACAGUGUUGUUUUCAAGUAUAUAAACAUUUCAGACAUGAAUAUUGAGAAAAUCUUUGAGAUUCUACGCAAUAAUACAAUAUAUAAAUUUAUGUUAUGCAUUACCGGCAUCAAUUAAUAUGUAAGUGCCCAUCGAUAUUAUUUAGACCGUGUAUUCAUUAUACAUUGUCAUUGACUGUAUAAGGUGCUACAUCACAGAAUAGAUGGCUACACUCAGUACAAAGAGCGAAAAAUUGCAUCAGAUCUGUACCAGAUCAAUAAAGCAUAAACGGGUAAACGUUUGUACGGUGUUUACGAGGAAAAUAACUUGCGAGACUAAAGAAAUCAGUUGAGUCAGAGCUCCUUAUUUAAAUAAGAAAGACGAGGAGAUAGCCAAUGUGUUAUCGCCAACGUGUUAUCGCCAAUCGCUUUGCUCGCCAACCAGCUUUAUGCAAUAGAAGAAAAAAGCAAGGAGGUACAUGUAGCCAACUUGUACUGUCACAGACCUUCUCUUUGUUUACUGUCUAGCACAACGCCGUUGUCAACGGUGCAAACUCGUGUUCAGUGCAACGAUAACUCUACCAGAUCUUACGAGAAUCAAUCUGUAGUAUUCUGUACACAGAACUGUAUCAAAGCUUGUCAAACCUGCUUUAAUUUAAACACUGCUUAACUGUGAAACUAUUGAAAUCUAAAGUGACAUUAAUGUAUUCAACACAUGCGAAAAGCUGAAAAUAGACGUGACACUGGGAAAAGUCAAAGGUCAAUGAGACUUGUUAUUGUGAAACAUGUCACAAUUAGGUUAAAAUGAGGAAGCGGAUGGAGCGGAUCCACGGAACGAAUAUGCGGACAAAAUACGGAACGGAUGAGGAUAAAAUGCGUCCUUUUAAUGAUGUAACGACGUAGUGCUUAUUAUUCAUAACAUAUCUUAUACAGCUAUUUCAAUUAUAGUUUUAGAUAAAUUUAGCAUAGCAGUAGCCUCGUGCGGAUGCUUUUAGCGACAGCUGCAAAUGCAAAUGCAAAUGAAAAUUCAGUAUAUGCAAAAUUUGGUUGUUGGUGAAACAAUUUAAAUUUCGAAUUGUCGCGUGUAGCAUCACAAUAAAUAGAUAAAUUGCAUCAGUUUCACAAGGCACGUUUCUGAUGUGUUAGGCUUGUUUCAAACGUCACGCUACUCGUGUGCCGAGCGUAUUAAAAGCAAUAAAUAAUGAGAUGAAAUGCCUUUGGUAACUGUUUAUUUCGUAGUGUAAGCCAUCAGCUUUUCUAGGUUGUCGGCGACCCUAUAUAGUUCUUGCAGUGUCUUUUUAAAUUUGAAACUUCACACUAUCCUUGGAUCCCUAGUUAAAAGAAGGAGUUCUACAAGUUGGUGGACGGCUAAAUCGUACAGAUUUGUCUGAUGAUGCGAAACACCAGAUAAUCUUGCCAGUUCGACAUCGAGUUACAGAAAUGAUUAUUGAAGAUUUCCAUUUACAGAAUGGUCACACCGGUAUACAGCAAACGCUCGCAGAAUCGAGGCAGUAUUAUUGGAUCGUGAGCGGAAUUUCGACAGUAAGAAGAGUAUUACGAAAGUGUCACGUCUGUCGACGUCUUACUGGGAAAGUAGGGAGCAGUUGGCAGCACCACUACCAGAAGUGAGAGUUUCAUCAGACGAGCACAGACUCGUAUUUCCGUUUGCUGCCGUUGGAAUCGACUACUUUGGACCUUUAACUCAUUAACGCACAAGCUGUUACAAUGUUUCUACCCCCAAAGUGGACAAGCAAAAUGGCGAAUAUGUGAUUGAAUUCAUGAGCUUUCACCAAAAUGCCAAUAUCUCAGAAACAGUUGCAUGAAAAAAUCUGGUCUUUUCAACCAAAUAUUAUUGAUAUAUGAUUGACCAAAUUUAGUUUAAAUGAACUUGCAUACCUAUAUAUAUCAUUAGUUUUUUCAAUGAGAAUUUUUAUUUGUAAAGCAGUGACAUUUUGUUUUUCAUGUCACUUAUCACCUAAAGGGGCAAUAUCUACAUAAAUUUAUAUAAAAACCAAAAAAAAAAUAUUCACUAAAUUAGUACAUAUCUAUUUUAUAACCAAUUUUCAUCUAUUGGGAUAUGAAUUAGAAAAUGAUCAAAAAUUAUAAAAUAUACUCCUUUGCUUUUUUGGGCAAGAUGUUUACAACAUGAAAUUUAGAACAGUAACUAAGUGUUCAAAUUCAACAAAGUGUGCAAGCCAAAACACAGUGCUUGUACAUCUUUCAAGUUUUUAUAAGGACAUAUGGUACUAGAACCUAUUUAUUUUCAAUAUAAACCAAGGAUGGGAAGGUGAGAAAAUAGGAAUUUUCUGAGGUGUUUUUAACACAGACAAUGACAGCCGACAUUUUCAAAGGCAAAUUGUGGUGACAAAACCAAAAGCUAUUAACCUCUCUGCUCAAAGCACUGAAAAACACCAUAAAAAGAAAAACACCAUAAAAAGAAAAACAUUUUAAACAUACAUCAGGUAAGAAUUUUAGCUCAAUUUUCUCAUGUUUUUGUUGGAAAAGCAACGGUUUUUAGCCAAAAUUAUUUUGCGUGCCAAUGUAGGCUGCUAUAAAAUGUCAGACACGCGUUCUCUUUUGAAGUCUGGCUCUGAAAAACAAUCGCUUUUUUUUAGUUUGAAAUAAGCCUUCAUAAGGACUAUUGUGUAGAAAUGUUAUCUAUAUACUCACAUGAAAAAGAUAACCUAAUAUUCAGGUAUUCCACAUAGCUAUAAAAAGGUGAAAUAAGGACUUUCAUCUUUGGUUGUUUGUCAGACGUGAGAAACCACAAAAGUGCCAUUUUGUCGCACGUGCUAUUUUAUAAAAUAAACACCUCGAAACCAUAAACUUUUAGUUCAGAAAAUUACAAAGUUUUCCAUAGACAGUAUUAAAAAUGUUCUAGUGAAGCGAUUUCAUGAUAAAUAAGUGAGCAAUGGGCCCAAAAGAACUGCUAAGGUUAGUUUUUGUUAGGACUUCAAUUUCAUGGCUUCCCGCAAAGGAAGCCAUUUCAGAGAGAAGCGACAUUUUGCCAAACAACCGUCGCGACCUAUUUUGAUAACUUUUUCUUCUGAUUCAAUGUGUAGUUACUAGAAAAUGAUUUUUCAUCAACAUUAUCUGCUUUAUCGAUUUAAAGUUUUAUAGGGGAUAUAAAAACCAGUAAAAAAGCAUUUUGAAAGCUUUACAACUCAAGUAAAAAAAACAGAAUUAGUGACAAAAAAAAACCAAGAAAAAACAAACAAAACAGAAUUAGUGACACGUCGUAAACUGUAUUGUACUGUGUAUGUCAAUUGUUAAAUACUAAUAAUGUCAAUUGUUAAAUACUGUAAUGUACAACAUACUACGUAUUGUAAUAUUUGUUGUGUCGUAUUAUGUACUCCGUUGUAUAUAUUGUAUACUUUGUUAUCUUAUAAUCAAACUCACUUGUAGCAUAGAAGAGCCACUAUGUGGAAAUGCUAUUAAAUCAUUAUUAUUAUUAUUAUUAUUAAGUGCGGACUUUUUGAGAAUUCGCACGCGGCAAGCAAGCGCGUUUAUUCAAUACACUUAUUUUAAGCCACAAUAUGUCUGAAACGAGUUGUCAUUUUAAGACUAAAUUGAUGAAAAUAGAUAUAACAGUGACUUUGGAAUAUCCUACUUAUUUAGUGUAAUUUAAUACUCGAAGUAUUCUUGCCAAAAAGGUCAAAAAAGGGCACGUACGCACAAUCUGGUGUCGUUUGAAACAUACUUUAGCUAAAAUAACAACUUGAAAAAGAAGACCAACAAUGGGGUUACGAAAACAGUCCAAAUUGUGCCCAAAUUUGCAUAAACAGUUCAUCUAAAAAGAUAACUUUAAACUAGAUUCAACCAACAUUAAUGCGGUCAAAUUUUGUGAGUGUUUGAUCGCAUAUUUCUAUUCAAAAAUACCCUUUAAAAAAUCGUAUCUGCUCACUUGUGUUCCGUGUUCAUCUUUCUUGUGAUUUCCGACUUCUAUUUUUAAUAAAGUUUGGAGAAAUCCUCAUCUUUUUGGCUGAAAAUCUCGCGCAAGGUUCACAGAAAAACUUGGCCCAAAACGUCAAUACAUUCGCUUUCCUUUCAUGCCAAAUUUUCGUUGUAUAUCAUCUGAAAACCUCUUCUUUUUUCGCUUUUAAAACUUGCUGUAAAAUCCUUCUUUGCAACAAUAUCUCCAUUAUUCAUUAUUUUUGAAAAACUAAGGUUUUAAACUUGAAAAACUUUGCGAGUUUCUGACCAAUUUUCUUGCAUGAUACACUGUUGAAAAGCUCGAAUUUCACGUUCUAUUUUCAAAUCCGUUGCUAGGCAACCCGAUAAACACAUGCUCAAAUAUCAUGCCCGCAAGUUGAGGUGUCAUUUGAGGGCGCAUGCGGGCACAUUGUCCGUUACCCACUUGUCAAUCUCAGGGCGCAUACGGACGCAUUGGGCGUUAAUGAGUUAAAUGUUCAUGUAGGACCGAAUACAAGAGCGACGAGGAGGAAUCCAAAAUUGGCGAAGCAUUACGGUUGCAUAAUUAUUCACCUGUUUGAGGUAUAUAGCAGUUCAUGUCGAAGUUGCAAAAGAUUUAUCUAUGGACAGCUUCAUAAAUGCUGUAACAAGGUUCAUUGCUAGAAGAGGGCCUCCAAGAAUAAUUUAUAGUGACAACGGCACAAAUUUUCGUGGAGCCGAGCAACAUGUUAUGAAGGCCUUGAAAGCAUGGAACAAAGAAAAGAUCCAAGGUCAUUUUCUCCAAAGUAAAAUACAUUGGCAUUUCAACCCACCAGCGGCAAGCCAUCAAGGUGGUGUGUGGGACCGUUUAAUUCAUUCCCUGAGAAGAAUGCUUAGGUCAAUGAUUGGCGAACGCUUGCUUGAGGACGAGACAUUGGUCACAUUCCUAACAGAGGUAGAGAAGAUUAUGAAUAACCGCCCGAUCACAUGAGUUUCAGAUGAUCUUGAAGCUUUAACGCCGAAUCAUAUUUUGUUAUUACGGGACAACCUUAGCGUGGCACCAGGAGAGUUCAAGAAAAUCGAUCAGUAUGCUGCGAGAUGGAAACACGUUAACGUUCUUGCAAAUGAGUUUUGGUCGAGAUGGAUGAAGGAAUAUGUGCCAACCCUUCAAGAGAGCAGUGGCGUAGCUAGCGGUCCUGCUGUCCUGCCGGGCGGGACUAGAAAUUUAAAAAAAAAGUGAGGAAAUGUUUUAUAGUGAAGCCGAAUUCACAGCUUUUCUUAUUCUGAAAAUUUAUAAAUAUUUCAGUGCUUUCAUUUAUUUAUUUAAAGUUUACCAAUGUUGCUGUCUGCUCUUUGACCUCUGAAACCCAAAAUUGCUAAUUUCCACGCAAUUGAUUGCUUACUCACGCAAUUUGUAUAAUCGCAUGUCUCGUGUUCCGCUGAUUUUCAUAUGGCGGAAUAUGCAAUACUAUCCUAUAAAAGAAAUUCUGGUUUCUGAUUGGAUAAUUGGUGCAGCGCAUGCUCAGAACGGCUGUUUUUAAUGCCAAGUCCCGCUAUUUUAUAAAGGCGGAGGUUGUCAAGUCAAUUCCAUAUAAUAAAGAACUCCGCGAGUAUUUGCAGUAGAAAUACGAAAAUACCACCAAAAAAUUCAGCUUGAAAGAUUGAACAAUGUAAUAUAGCCAUAUAUUAUAAACUAGCCAAUACUCGGACAGUGUGAACUAACGUAUACCUAUACAAUAUACUCGAACAAUGUAAACAAUGUAUCACUAUUAUUAAGCCAUACCUUUCGCCGAAAUUAUAUAACUUUGGCCACUUUCAACGUUUCUUUUUGGUAUUAGUCUUGUUCGAAUCACAAUCUAACACACUAUUUAGAGUGUUGUGUUCAAGCUUGUAUCUGCAGAUUUGCAUCUUUUAUUUUGGUAUUUCAAAAUAUCUAAAUUUUACGCGAGAGCUUUGACCGGAGGUUCAAGUUCAAAUAGCCAAAACAAUGCGAUGUUUACACCCUAGCACUCGGGAAACGUCGGAAAUCAAUUAUAAAGGUCAAAUUACUCGUGUAGCGUGAUUUGCAUGUGCAUCGGGCUAUACAAUUUUUUUGUAUUUUACCAAGGCAAAAUACUCUUGUUUAAAUAGAGGUGUUUUGAAACUUCGGCGGGACGAUUAUUUUCAGCCAGCUACACCACUGCAAGAGAGACAAAGGUGGUUUCAACGACGUCCAAAUUUCAAGGAAGGUCAACUUGUACUAGUGGUGGACAACAAUCUUCCAAGAGGAAAAUGGUCAAAGGGAAUUGUUGAACAUGUCUUUCCAAAUAGCUUUGGAGUUGUACGUGAAGUGUUUGUGCGUACUGCGACAGGAAUUAUCGAAGGGACAUAAGAAAGUUAUGCCUGUUAGAAGAGGAUUUGAUACGAGAAAUUGAACAAAAAUCUUAGAGAAGAUUUGGGGGGGGAGAGUGUAAAUAAUGCAUAAUUAACUUAUUUAUAAUCGCGAACUUUCGUGAACAGUCGGCCGUGGUCGGAACUAGUGCCCAUGCUUCUUCAUGGCGAAUAUAUAACGCGGCCGGCCGCCAUGUUUUUCUAACAUUGGUUAUUUGACAUUACACAGUAAAAAGGGGGGAAAAAAUAGAACUUUUACUAAUAUUUAGAACAUUAGAAUGUCUCAACGACAAGGUAAAGGAACUAUUCAUUUAUAGAUAGUAAUUUUUCCAUUAUUUAACGUUUAAUUAUUGUAUUUAGUUUAAAUCGAAUUCGAAUGAAUAUCGUAUGUGAACUUGUCGAAUAUUGAUUAACUGGAGCAGAAUUUACAAACGUUGUCUUGUACAUGAGCAUAGCUUUCAUCUGUGUGCUACGUUCUUCAAGUGUUACCCAGCAUAUAGAUUUCCUAGCCAAGUUAGACAAAAAAAUUUAAUCACUUUUAAAAUAUUUUUAGGGCAUAAUAAGUGUUUUUUAGACUUCAUCCAUUUGGGUAAAACGCGGAUAAGACCUUUAAAUAACAUAUUAUGAAAAACUAAAAGCCGUCCGUCCAUCAUCCGUUUGUCCAUCCGUCCGUAUCCAUGUUACCUUAAAUUAGUUGAAAAAACCUACACUUGCGGGUUUUUCGAAGACUUCAAAUUUCGAUUGUCUUUCAAUCUCGUUCCCAGAGUAUGCCUGUUCGCGGGUUAGGUAGUGGCAUGACUCUGGGGAAAUCGAAUUUUUUUAUCCAAAAUGAGAUAAAUGGUGCAUGCGCUUUUAUUGCUUUUGUUUAUUCCGCUUACUAAAUUCGCGCGGGCACACGCUCACAAUCGAUAUUGUUUUAAACAAAGAUUCUCAUCAGAAUAUAGUGUAAAGGUGCUUUAAAUCGUGCUACUAUUAAAUUAUAUUCAAUGGAAAAUACUAAAUGUGCUAUGAAAGCUGUUCUAGCGAAAAGAGGGCUUGAAUAUUCAUUAAAAGACGAGACAUUCAAAUGUAUCUCGGCCAUUUGUAAAACGAUGAAGAUGUUUUGGUUGUUUUGCCAACAGGUUAUGGGCAUAUUAUGGCAAAUAUUAAAAUAUUUCAGCUGCUACCUGACGUGUACGACAUGUUACUUGGCGUAACUAAUUCUAUCGUGAUAGUCAUAUCUCCACAUGAAUGACCAAGGCAUUUCUGCAUGCAUGAUAGUAUGUCUACUAUGUCAAAGUAUGAUACAUACAAGGCCAUUCUGUGCUACACUAUAUUCAACCUCGUUCCCAGGUAUUAUGGUGAUGGCAGCGAUAUCAAAUUACCAUUGGAUCGACAUGAGAACCUGACGUUUAAGCUGUUCUAUAUGCACCCAGAAAUGUGUGUCUAUGACAAGAAAAUACAAGCUUUUUUCAACUGUAUACUGUAAACCUCUGAAUAUAAUGCUCACUUCAUUCCAAAUAUAAGCCCCCCUGAAUAUUAGCCCCCUGAAUAUAAGCCCGGUAUCCCACUUUGUUAUUUAACAUUGACAUUGUCUUUAAAUAUAGCAGAGAACGAUAUUUGAAACACUGUCAUUGUCUUUAUAGCUUACUAUGUUAAUGGAAGUGUGUUAUUAAUACAUGUUUAUUUUCCUAUUUAUGAGUGACUGACUUGUUUAUUACUGUUUUUAAACUUAUUUAAUUCGCAAAAUAUACGGAAAACAGACGUGAAAUUUAACAUAAACAAAAAUUUACAAAAAUAUAAAGUUACUUUCGUUUUGUACAUAUUCGGGGAGUCCAAGCCCCUGCAGUUCCUAGAAACAGUCUCUUUCUCAGUAAUAAUCAGUUUCUACUCUGGAACAUCCUCCCGCCCGAUGCAGGAAGUGCAUCAACUUUCAUUAACUGACAAAUGUCAACAAACUAGCUAAUUAUUGUUCAAUGUUUACUUUAGUCCUGCUGCUAUGUCAGCAUCACAAGUUUCUAACAUGUGUAGUCUUUGUACAGGACGACGGGUAUGGCGGCCUGAGGGCAAACGUAACAUUACAGAUCGGAUCAGACCUUCUCUUCCUUCAUGCGUUGCCUCAACACGGGCUUUCGGCCAUUGUCCUCUUGGAACAUUAUCCUCACUUACGAGUACUACAUCACCAACAUGCAUUUUUCGACCAAUAUCGAUCCAUUUCUUCAAAGUGGUUAACGACUUAAGAUAUUCCGCAUUCCAUCGCUUCCAAAAUCCAUUUACCAAACGUUGAUGAUAUUGUAAUCGUUUCUUUAAGGCGUUGGAAGUGUGCUCCGUAACUUUCGUAUCUUUGCUUGGAACCGCCUGUAAAUUUCUCCCAAUGAGAAUCUGGGCUGGCGUAAGGGCCUUUAAAUCAUUUGGUUCAGCUCCAAUGUAAGUAAGAGGACGACUGUUAAUUUGAGCCUCGAUCUCCGUCAGAAUUGUGGUCAUUUGCUCGGCGUCUAACAUUGCAUUUCCAAAGAUUUUCUUCAGCGGCAACUUAACACUUUUCACGAGACGUUCAUAAAAUCCACCCCACCAAGGGGCUCUGGGUACUAUGAAUUUCCAUUGAAUCUUCUUCUCAGACAAAGCUGUACGGAUUUCUUCGGAUUCCAGGAUUCGCCAACAACUCUGUAACUCUUUUUUAGCACAUUUGAACGUUUUUGCAUUAUCUGACCAAAUAAUACUACACAUGCCUCUUCUCACAACCAUACGUCGUAACGCCAGCAAAAACCGUUCAGUUGUCAUGUUGCUUACCAAUUCUAAGUGUACUGCACGAGUGACAGCACAAGUAAAAAGGCAAAUAUAUGCCUUUUCACCACGGUUCUUAAGAUACAAAGGUCCAGCAAAGUCCAAACCAACGUUUGUGAAUGGAGGUGCAGGUACAAUUCGGUCAGCUGGAAGAGGUGCCAUUUGUUGAGAGACAGGCUUGGUGUAAAACUGACGACACACUAUACAUCUCUUUACGAUUUUGCGGAUCGUAGCUCUUCCUUUUAUCAACCAAAAUCUUUGACGGACCACUGACAAUGUAUGCUCAACGCCAGCAUGCAUUUCACGACGGUGAAUAGCUUGAACAAAUAAUUCUACAGCAGGAUGAUCACUAGGUAAAAUAAUGGGAUGUUUCUCCUCCUCGGGCAACUCAGCUUUAUGGAUUCGGCCACCAACACGAAGCAAACCGGUAGACUGACACAAGAAAGGAUUCAAGUUUCUUAAUUUACUAUCGUUCAAUGCUUUACUUUGUCGAAUCAACGAAAUUUCCUCUGAAAACCGUUCUAUUUGGAUUCGAUUGACCAACCAACGUUCUGACUCUUGGAUUUCUAAUCCAGUUAAGACAUUUUGUCUUCUUUCGUCCUGCUUAACUUGAGCAUUGUGGAUAAAUCUCUUUAUCCAUGCUAUGGUUCUCAAUAACUUAUUGUACUUGCUGAAUCUGGUAAAGUCAAUAAAUAUCUCUUGUGGUUGUAUGACAUAACUAUUGAUACUGGCUUGAUGCUUUCUCUCAAUCUCAACAUGUUCAUUUAAAGAUGCCGAUCGUAGAUCCUUUGGCCAUUCUUCUUCAGAACUUCUCAACCAGGCAGGUCCUUCCCACCAUAACCGACUUUCUUUCAAUUCAUUCGAAGACAUUCCUCUAGUGGGUACAUCAGCCGGGUUCUGUGGUCCAGGGCAGUAUCUCCAGACCGAUGGAUCUAACAGCGAUUGAAUUUCCAUAACGCGAUUCGCAACAAAUGGUUUCCAUUGUGAAGGUGAACCACGUAUCCAGUGAAGAGUGGACGAGUUAUCAGUCCAACAGACAAUACGAUCAAUUUGGCAGUCCAACGCAUUGCGAACAUAAGUGCACAAUCGAGCAGUAAUAACUGCAGCCAUCAGUUCCAAUCUCGGCAGGGUAACUCUUUUAACGGGUGCUAUUCGGGUUUUAGACAUAACUAGACUGGUUGAAACAUGUCCCUCAACAGACAAAGCUCGUAGAUAGACUGCAGAUGCAUAUGCAAGCUCCGAUGCAUCACCAAAUGCAUGAAGUUCUAAUCGAGAAUAGCGAUUCAUGGGCAACUCUACAUAACACCGUGGAAUGGCAAGGUUUUCAAGAUCGUUGAUCUCCUUCAGCCAUUGUGUCCAUUUUCUGCAGGUUUCAGUAGGUAUUUCGUCAUCCCAUCCAAUGCCUUGGGUCCACAGACUUUGUAACAACAUCUUUGAUCUCACAGUGAAUGGUGUGAUUAAUCCAAUUGGAUCAAAAACUUUAGCAGCGCACGAAGCCACCUGUCUCUUUGUGUAUGUCUCAAUCUGUGGUUGACCAAUUUCAAUUAUAUAUGUCAAAGCAUCUUUGUUUGUGUCCCAUUUCAGACCAAGAGCUUUCGUAAUUGAACAAUUCUCUGGAAAACUUUGGUUAAGGUUGAUGAGACUGUUAGGUGCUCUAUCUUCUUCAGGUAUAACUUCUAAAAGCUCUCGAGAAUUACUUGACCACUUGGUUAAGUUAAAUGCCGCCUGCGCCACCAACUCCUUCGUACUUUGUUGCAGCUCUCUCGCUUCAUUAACUUCGUCUCGACAAAAGGCAAAAUCAUCAACAUAUGUAUUCUUAAGAAUUUCAUCACACACUUCAGGAUACAGUUCUUUAUUUCUCUGUACAUGCUCUUGGGUAAUACAUACUGUAUUGCCAAAAAUGGACUGGCAAUAACCCCAAAAGUCACUCUAGUCAUUCUGUAAACUUUGGGAGAUGCUUCAAGAUCAAGGUCUCGCCACAAAUACCGAUGAGAAUCUCGAUCUUGUUCUCUUAAACUGAUCUGCAAAAACAUUUUCUCAAUAUCACUUGUAACAGCGAUCUUCUUCUUUCGGAAACGCAAAAGAAUACCACAUAGAUCUGGUUGUAAAGCUGGACCAGCUUCGAUACAACUGUUCAGUGAUGUUCCUUCACUAUCUUUGGCAGACGCAUCAAAUACAACUCUAGUUUUAGUUUUCUGUCUGUCCUUCCGAAUAACAGCAUGAUGUGGGAGAUAAAAUACUGGUCGAUUAUCAACUGGCUUGAUUUCAUUGGCUGGUACUUCUUCUGCAAUACCAUCCUCCACAUAUUUGUUAAUGGUAUCUUGGUAAAUCUUCGCUUUCAAUGGGUCUUCAAGAAGCCUUUUCUCCAAACUAUACAGCCUUCUUUCUGCUUGAAUAUAAUUGCUCUUCAAUGUCACUUGGUUUUCUUUCCAAGGUAUGGAAACUUCAUAACGUCCGUCCUUAAAGGUCAACGAUUCCUUAAAAUUGUUCAAAACAGUUUCUUCAGUUUUAUUUUCUUUUUUUUAAUUUUUUUUCUUCAGUUUCGACCGCAUCAGCUGGAUGACAUAUCUCUGCAGUGGUGAGUGCUUCAAACUCUCGUGAACACCUGGGCCUGUCCACAGGUGCUAGUGUGCAGGAUAUUCUCUUUCGAAGACAUGCUUUAUCUUGCUUUCCACCAAAGCCAGACACAGAAAUUUUAACACUAGGUCCAUCGAGACCUAACUCUUCUAUAACACUUUGCUUUAUAAAGGAGGUUUGUGAACCUGAAUCAAGAAAACAGCGAACAACCUUUGAGUUCCCAUUAGAACCACACAAAACAGCUGGGACUGUUUGUAGAAUCACCUUUCCAAUGUCAUCAGUUCCAACUGAAUUGGCUGUUACAUUCUUUGAAACAUUCUUUGAUGCAUCCUCUUGACUUGCAGACUGACCUUCUGUGGCUUCAGUCUUGUCUGCAUGUGUUCUAUUUGGGGGCAGCUGGUCUGUGUGGAGAAGGUGAUGGUGACGACCUCUACAACGCUUACACAAUGUCUUUCGACUACAGCUGUUCGACCUAUGACCACCUUCCAAACACAGGAAACACAGACCUUUAGCACUAACUUUCCGGAAUCUCUCUUUCACUGUCAAUGAAAGGAAGUUAAUGCAAGACCACACAUUGUGAUCCUUACCACAAACAACACACUCUUUUUCUUGAGUUUGAGUAGACGAACACAACGCUGAUGUUGAAGACCUUCUAAAUGAUGGAUUUUUGUGAAAUCCUUCCUUCAAAGAAAUAUUCUUUGGAGGUUUGGAUUCUACAUUAGGGGCUUGUGUACUAGAUUCCUUUGCCCUUAUGACUUGCUCUAAGAAAGUAAAGAGUGUUUUUAUAGGCAAACAGUCCUCUUUCUUAUCUCCAAUUUCAAGCUCCCACUUUUCCACAAGUUUUUUUGGUAGCUUAUCAACAAUCAAAGGAACCAAUACUGGUGCCAAGGUUUCAGAGCUGUACUUCUCUCCCAUUGACUCAACCGAGCGAACAUGCCCGACUACUUUAUCAUAAAACACUCUCAUAGAUGUUGCAUCUUCAGCACUCAAUCUGGGUAAAUGGAUCAAACCCCUCAUAUGGGCAUCUAAGAUCAACCUUGAAUGACCAAAUCUUUCCUUCAGAGUUGACAAAACAGAUUCAUAAUUCUCAGCCACUAUUGAAAAUCCCUUAACCGACACAGCAGCUACACCUUUCAGUGAUCGCAUAAUGUACUCUAGUUUUUGCACAUCAGCUAAAGCACUAUUAUCCGCAAUGGACACUUUAACAGACUGAUAGUAUGACUGCCAACACAAUAUAUCCCCAUCAAAUGUUGGUAAUUCAAUCUUUGGCAGUCUAACUUGAACUUUACAUGUGGACCCCAAACUUGACCCACUCUCGUUAGACCCAUUGCUGUUCUCAGCAUGUGUAUUAACACUUCAAUACUUUGUCAUUCUAGCCAUAUAAUCCAUAACUCUCAUUUCAUACUCAUUGUGUGCUGCACAUUCACUAUCAAUUUCACUGUCUUCCAAAUAUAUAGAAAGCGAGGCUUGUACCUCUGUUAAAUCAUUCCAUUUACUUAAAAUAUUAUCUUUCAGUACCUGAACUCUAGCAUGACUAUUUUCCUCUGCAAGCGCUUCAUCAAUCAACUUUAAACUGUCCGUCACCGACUUCCUCAUAAAACGUCGCUUCUUUUUCACGCCUUCUAGCUCUUUCGACAUGCUUCCAACAAGCAAUAAACACUAUUUAUUAACGCCAAUCGUUAAGUACUAAACUUUUGUUCUAUCCGACACGAAGGACCAUGUGUUUAAACUUAUUUAAUUCGCAAAAUAUACGGAAAACAGACGUGAAGUUUAACAUAAACAAAAAUUUACAAAAAUAUAAAGUUACUUUCGUUUUUAGUGUCAAGUUUCUUCGAAACUUGACAAGUAUUGUGAUGAGUGGGGAAAAUUCAUAUGAGUCGGGGAUCAGGCAUAAUAGUGUAAACUUUCCGGGGGGGUGUAUACGAUAUAUGUUCGUAGUGAUUUAUUGUACUUAGUGCUUUGAAGGUUAUUUAGGCAAUUUCAGUUGUCUUAUUUAAAUAUUCUUUUGUCCUUUUGCCAAGUUCACAAAAAUUUUGAGGAGUGGUUGUCGUUAUUGUAAUUUUUUGUAAAUUUUAUAACAUUCGCUUCUCAUGUUGUGUAAAAGAUCUUUACCCCGGAACACUCGAUUUUUUCUUUAGCAGCGCAAAUGCGCAUGCGCUAUCAAACCGUAGAUGACCUACGAUGACGUGACGAUGCUAUGUUCAAUGGCACAAUGCAAUAUUCAAAUGCAACGAGAACAUCACCAGAUCUUACGAGAAUCUAUCUGUAUCAAAGCUUUAUCAAAACUGCUGUAAACUCUGCUGUAACUGUGAAAUUAUUGACAUCUAAAGUGACAUUAUUGAAUACUUGCGAAAAGCUGAAAAUGACUCAUAUAAAAAAAAACAUGAUCUUGGCAAUAUAAAGUCAAAGGUCAUUGAGACUUGUUAUUGAGAAACAUGUCACAAUUAAGUUAAAAUGCGGAUGCGGAACCUAGCGGAUCCAUGGAGCGGGUGCGGAACGGAUAUGGGGAUAAAAUGCGUCAUUUAAAUGAGUUUUUUCGCCUCAUUUUUAUGUGUCUGUGUUUUAGUCCGUGUGUUGUGACCUCGAAAAGUGCCUAGAAAACGAUUUUCAUUAAGCAUGUCUUAGAUCUGAAAUAUUUUUACGGGAACUAACACUUUCGAACACGCUGAGUUCAAAUCCGAAAAGUUCCCACUCCGUAGACCCGCAGUUUUUUCACAAAAUGCUAUUUUAUCUUCACUAAUUUCACAACAAAUUUUUUCAUUGUUCAACAUCACGGAUCGAUGACGAUACACGAUUAUGUCACUCAAAAGGACCAAUUUCUAUUAACCAUUCUUCCUUUUAACAAAAGACCGGUUUCGCUCGAAUCAUUUUGAGUUAUGUAAUCUUAUGCGUGUUGGACGUAAACAACAUAUCUUGUCUACAACUUUGAGAAGGUACAGAUAAUUUCUUCUAAUAUCCUUAGUUCUGGAUCUAUUUCUAUAAAAUCACAAGGACGUUAAUGUCAAGUCUUUGGGCUAUGUCUCUGGGCUGAGAAAUAAUUCCUUACAUGCGAUCAAAAUGUUUUAUACAAAGAUAUAAAACGGUAAUCUAUAUGUAAUGGAUCAGCACUGAAAUUUCCAACACUGUUUCCAAGACGUAAUUCAAGAGAUAACUUAUCAUUGCAUUUGAACUAUUACAUCAGUUGGUGUUAUGCUGUGCGAUCAGCGAGUAUUAUUGGAAAGAGGGCUUCUAUAUACGUCGAAAUCAUCAAAUAAACAGCUCAGGCACACAUUUCUCCACUUCGCGGUAAGUUUACAGAGCGUAUUUUAUACUUUGUGACUGAUCUUUGUCUUUGAUGUGAACAUUUAUUCUUAUAGUUUAAGGUUAUUUAAGAUUGAUCCUGUCGUAAGUCUUCUACCUGCAACCAUUCGACAAUAUUUCGUUUUAGCGUUAUCUUUGCCGUUACGUUGGCUUCGCGUUACUUUUGUUUUAAAUAUCUUGAUCGCGUUAAAAGAGUAAUUUUUCAGGCCAGUGACAUAGCUAAAAGACUUGACAUUAACGUCAUUGUGAUUUUAUAGAGAUAGCUCUAGAACUGAGGAUUUUUGAAAGCGUUAUCUGUACCUUCUCAAAGUUAUAGACAAGAUAUGUUGUUUACGUCCAACACGCAUAAGAUUACAUAACUCAAAAUUAUUCGAGCAAAACCGAUCAUUUGUUAAAAGAAAGAAUGGUUAAUAGAAAUUCGUCCUUUUGAGUGACAUAAUCGUGUAUCGUCAUCGAUCCGUAUCGUUGAACAAUGAAAAAAUUUGUUGUGAAAUUAGUGAAGAUAAAAUAGCAUUUUGUGAAAACUGCGGGUCUACGGAGUGGGAACUUUUCGGAUUUGAAUUCAGCGUGUUCGAAAGUGUUAGUUCCCGUAAAAAUAUUUCAGAUCUAAGACAUGCUUAAUGAAAGUGAACGAUAUCGGGUCACAACACACGGACUAUUUUGGAUUUAUGUUUUUUGUAAUGGGUUGCAACGUCAUAUUAACUACAGCGUGUCCCCAAAAAAGUACCCUUAUAACAAUAGGAUAGAUACUUUCUAUAGAGGGUACUUUUUUGGGACACACUGUAUACGUAGUUAUACAGCUAUUUCAAUUAAAGAGUGUCACUGAGACAAUAGUUAAAUGUGCAAUAUGGGCGCUGAUAGUUUUAAACAAGUUUAGUAUAUCAGUAGCCUCAUGGGGAUACUUUCAGCCAGGGUCUUAGCUAGAGGGCCGUGUUGGCCGUGUUAUCGCGGCCGAAAGUGGAAAAACACGGCUAGAUAAAUGAACGCGGCUUCAUUAUUUAUAUAAGGCCGUGUAGGUUCAUAAAAUAUAGUGUUACUGCUAACAACAGACAUAAUUUCUUCCUAUUUACGUCGUGAGAAAGUUUGGAAAAUCUACUGUAGUUGUUGAAAUUGGCAAAACUGAUCCGUGAUGUUGUAAUGUUUUGAUGGAUAAUGGGAACUGUAUGGUGUUAAAGUGGUUUUAAGGUUACUUCACACGAUGAACGUGCGUUUUAGUCUAUUGGACAUUGCUCAAUGAAUUUUAGGUGUAACUUUACCACAUUUUCAGUGAAGAAAGCCAGGAAAAUGCUGAUUUCGAAAAUUUUCAUUUGAUGGGUGUUCUGUUUAAACAUUUUCAGUAUUGGCUGACUGAGUAAAUAUGUAGGUACCUUCAUAAAAAAAUCAAAAUAUUUUUAUAGUUUACCUCAACGGUUGUCUAGAUAUCGCAAUUCAAAUCUUCAUAGGCAUGGUAAAAAAAACGUGUGCGGAAAAUUUCUCUUCUUUAGUGGUUUUUCUGAUAUGCCCUGAUUCUUGGAUUUGUCACUGACAAUUCACGAAGUUGUCAAAGAAAACGUGAUAUCAGAAAAACCAUUGAAGAAGAGAAAUUUUCCGCACACGUUUUUUUUACCUUACCUAUGAAGGUUCAAAUCGAUAUAUGUAGACAAACGUUGAGGUAAACUAUAAAUAUAUUUUGAUUUUUAUGGGAUACUUAUGUAUUUCUUUAGUCAGCCAAUACUGGACAUGUUUAAACAGAACACCCAUCAAAUGAAGAUUUUCGAAAUCAGCAUUUUAUUGGCUUUCUUCACUAAAAAUUUGGUAAAGAUACACCUAAAAUUCGUUGCGCCAUGUUCAAUAGACUAAAACGCACGUUCAUCAUGUGAAGUAACCUUAAAUAACCCCAAGAGUUGCUGAAAUAACUUAAUAUUUUAAUGUCGGUGCGCAAUAUGAGUGUAUGCUCGCCUUGUAUUUGGUUGCAAAGCAUAGAACAACCACAAGCAUUAUUGUUGGCAAGCUUAACUAGAACCGUGAUUUUGCUAUUCAAGGUAAUUGACAUGUGCACGCCCUGGUCAUUAGAAACACGCCCAAGAUCUAAAAUCCUAGCUAAGACUCUGCUUUCAGCGACAGCUCCCAAUGCAAUUGUAGUUUUAGAAUAUACAAAAUUUGGUUGCUGGUGAAAGAAUUUAAAUUUCGAGUUGUCUCGUGUAGCAUCACAAUAAAUAAAUAAAUUGUACCAGUUCCACGAGACACAGCGAAGGAAGUGACAAUAAAUUGUUUCUCUCGUAAAAACUGUGAUAUAUUGCGCAUGCGCUUUGGGAGUUUUAGGAACAUGUGCGAGAGCGAUAAAGGAAAGGUUGUUAUUCAGUUUUCUAAGGACAUUAAAAGUUGAGUUUGAGUUGUAUAACAGUGCAUUUCUGAGGAUAUAACAAAAACCUUGUUCUAAUCCACAUUUUUGAGUAACGUGCAGGGUUGGUAUGUUAGAUGAAGAAUUAGGCCAAAUCGUAUUAGUGCCGUUAUUGAAAACAAAUAAAACAAAAAAAAAACACGCUAAGACAAAAAAAAACAAAGGCCUAAUGUGACGUUGUUUGGCCUAAUUGUUCAGCAAACCUAUUAACCCGCUAGCCCCUACGCAGUUCUUCCCGAUCUUAUUCAAUUUGAAACUUUACACUAUCCUUGGUUCCCUAGUUUAUUUUUUUGCAGUUGUUUAAUUGAAUUUAAUCCAAAUCAUUUGAAGAAAAUCAGAGAUGAAAUGCCCUCGUGGUAUUCAGUGCUAUCGUAACAAAAGAGGAACAUUUGUUUGCUUUUUGAAAUGAAAUAGAACAUAUAAUUAUAUCAUUUUAAUGACUUGCUUCCGAUUUUCAGAGAGGUCUUGGAAACAUUAUUAUAAAAUAACAUGUAUAUAACACACGGAAGACUACCGUGUUGUUAUUUUAUAAAACAAUUACUUUAUGGUUUCCGUGUUUGGAUGGACUGAUCCAAACACUUGGGAAUGUUGCUCGAGUUAAGAAAAGCGGGCAAAAUCACUCGCCUUCGGCUCGUGAUUUCGCUCGCUUUUCUUAACUCUCGCAACAUUCCCGCGUGUUUGGAUCAGGCCAUCCAAACACGGAAACCAUAAAGUAAUUGUAUAUUAAUUGUUGAUACUUUUGAAAUAUUCAGCAACUUGCCGAUGAAAUUUUUAUAAAAUAUUGCCAUAAAAUAUAUAACAUUCCAGCCUAGUCCCAGUCGUUCUGAAGCAAGCGCCAGAAAAAAGUGGAUGUAGUACGAGACUGGGACCUACGUGUGACGUCACCAGGUAUAAAACUUUUAAGACUUAUUUAAAUAUAUCAAAGCAGCGAAUAGAGAGAGAGCUGGGACUAGGCUGAUAACAUUCUAAGGCAUGGGUUUUCAACUUGGGGGACAUGUCCCCGAGAGGGGACAUUUGGCAAAUUCCUAGGGGACACAAACUGGUCUAGGACUGAGAAAACAAUAGUUGAAUACAAUAGUUGAAUACAAUAGUUUGCACUAUAAACAUGUUUGCUUGACUUUGUAUCUAUUAUUUAAAUUUAAAUCAUUUACUAUUUUACUAACUAUUUCGAAAUUCGUGUUUUUGAUAGACUUCAGUGGGCAAUUUCUUUUCAGGGGACGUGGUAAUUCAAUCAUGUGAAAUCGGGGACACAUGAGAAAACCAGUUGAAAACCGUUGUUCUAAGGCUAUAUAUAUAUAUUGAUACUAUUGAUACUAUAGUGCUGUUCCAACGUACAAUAAUGUGAAAAAAAGAAAAAAAGAGAUGAAAAAGUUUUUUCAUCAAGUGAGAAAAAUUUCCGGAGAAACUUUCCAAAAUUGUUGUCGCUCCAAUAUUGUUUAGGUCCAUUUUUUUAAGUAUUUUAUAAAGCGUAUGCUAUGUAUGUGCUGAGAAGCUAGUUUUGUUGGCAUGUGGAAAGCAAAAGUAGCGAAGGUAAAGAGAUUAAAAUUGGAUUUAGUGCGUAUUUUUGAAAAAAUUUUACCACCAAAUAUGGUAGUCCCCCCCCCCGUCGAUGACACUUGUGACGUCAGGUACAUACGGGACUUUGGGGGCGGGUUUUGGCGGGAAAAUCUGUAAUGUUUGGAGAAGACAAGAUGGCGCUGGUUACCUCGUGUCAUAUCAAAGGGCAUUUUUGUUCACAAAUACCCGCUUAUUUUACGUUAUAGCGACUGGUUCGUUUUGGAAAUUAUAACUCAAUGGACGGGGAAAAUGAUUCUGUAUUAAAGAGAAAAUGAUGUGCAGUUAUUGUGAUGUUAUUUGUUGUGAAAGACGGCCCGAAAUUUCGCUACUUCGCAGUACUGGUUUAUAAAACAUUUACAAGCAACAGCAAUUGAACUAUAUGACAAAGAAACCAAUGUAUACAAGCCAAUCAAGUUCUUCAGUUUAAAGGUCUGUUUACUUUUUAAUAAUUAAUUCAUUUAGUUGUACAUUAAUACGAAGUACUGGAACAGUACGCCUAGUCACAGAAUAGGAAGAUAUACCCAUUGAACUAAAAAUAACUGGAACGAUACCUCCAGCCGGAAAUGUGAAGCCAUGCCCACUGUUGUCAUGCCCAGUAGGCUGUUGCGGUAUAUCGAUAUACCGAUAAUUAUCGGGUUUUUUUAUAAAUACCGAUUACUCGAUAUUGAAAUUUUCGAUAUAUCGGAAUAUCGAUAUUUUUUGGUAUUAUCUAUAUCACGUUUAUGUUUGUAUAUUUAAACGUCAUAUCAAACUUUUUCAAGCGCUGAUUGGAGUUAUUUCAGAACGACAAAGACGAUCAAUGUGCUAAUGCACCUAUCAAUGUUAACCCCAAGGGGGGGGGGGGUCAGGCAAAGGGUGGGGAUUUGAUCAAUCAGGUGGUCCCAUGGGUCGGGAUUUGGACUGACACUUUUUUCUACGUGGCCCGAGGGUGGGGAUUUUUGACAGAUUAACAGUGAUCUCAGACGAUAUACUGAAGAAACCUGAGCCAAUUUUAGAACAAACUCUGACUCGUCCCCAGUCGCCCGCGUUGUAGCUGUCAACGCCUAACCCGCGAACGGGCAUAUCCUCCCGCACUAAAAGGUAACGAGGGACUGUGGAAGAGUCAGGAACAAACUGAAGACUGGGCACUAGUUUAUCGCUCGCUGUCUCGCGCGUUGUUUUUACAAGAAAUAUGGAGAUUUCUGGACAAGAAAUAAACACUUAAAAGCCAUUUUAUAAUUAUAUUAAUAUCGAUUUAUACUUGUAUAUUAAAAGUUCACGUUAUGUACUAUUUAAAACACGAGUAGGAGUGUGUUUUAUCAGAUAUCAAACGCAAGGCGCACAACUUAAAAUACGACUACAAAAGAAUACUAAUUAGGGCGAACAAUUUAGAAUACUGACAAUAUAAUUAUAUAAGAAUACUGUGUUUUAUUAGCCUGUGUUCUAGUCCACUACACUAGAUCUACACUACACCAUGGUGUGGCGCAAGGUAUAUAAAUUAUUAAUGAGUAUUUUAAGUUAUUUUGAAACGUUCUUUAUGUUUGUUAUACUUUUAAGUUAUACCGCCAAAUGUAUUUGUGUAAUUUCCCUAUCACCUGACAUAUAGAGUGCACCAGAAACCAAAUACUUCAGUAAUACAAUUUCAUCCCGGGGGUGGGGAAUUUUGCCCAGGAAUUUUCUCCCGAGGGAGUGGCAUUUGACAUUUUUUUUUGUAAAAAUGUCAAAUCCCCACCCCUUGCCCGACCCCCCCCCCUCCCUCGGGAUUAACAUUGAUAGGUGCAUAACUCUGCGGAAAAAUCUGUAAAUUAAGGUUAGAGCGUGAUCUAAAACGUGUUUGUUUAUACGUUGGCGUUGCAAGGUGUAAUAUGUCAUUUCGCUUAUCAAAAAGUGAACUUUUAGAACGUAAACAACGGUGGAUUACAAAUGUUUUAGAAAAACAAAAACUAACCUCAUUGACAUUGGACAUUGACCCAUUGUUUACCUAGUGAGAUAGGACGAUCUUUGUUUCGAACUCGCAGUUGAAUAAAAUGUUUUGAAACAAUUUCCCGGUCAAAAAUAUCACACAUGAUUCAGGCGAUGCGGUAAUCAAUGCUAAUAAGUAAUAUGCAUUUUCAAUUCUUAAAGUGGACAUUUCACAGGCUACUGAUCACUGGCCUCACACUUUAGUGAAAAUAUCACGCACCCGAGGAGUCAAAGUUGUUAUAUCGUGGCUGUUUGGCAUCAUUUGAAAACAGAAAAUUUUGCAUAAAAUUAAGCAAAUUUUGCAUAAAAUUAAGCAAAUUUUGCAUAAAAUUAGCUAAGCAAAAUUCAAUCACAAAAAAUAUCGGUGUUAUCGGUAAUUUUUUUUCCCGUAUCGGUUUUCGUUUUUUUUCAAAUACCGCAACAGCCUAAUGCCCAGGCAUGCCCACUGUUGUCAUGCCCAGUCUUUUCACGUAACAGAAAUGAACGCGGGUUUUUUAAAUUUCCAAAACUGGGUAAAAAAAUGCACUAAAACAUGAUUUAAAACGACGUAAAAUGCACCUACCAGUACAUUUUUUACAAUAAAAACAUCCUUCAAAACUCUAGAGUAAAAUAUUUUUAAUUUAUUUGUGUAGAAUUCAUAAUUAAAUUUCCUUUUUUGAAAAAAAACGUUGAGCGAGGAGUGGAGCUUGCCGUGUUCUAAUCAUAAGUAUUUGUGUGAAUUUCCCUAUUUUGCUCAUUCGUUUUCCAAUUUAUUCGUCUGAAAGUUAGGAAAAAAGGUAUUCUAACAAGAUCAAACUACCAACCACAGUUUAAUUAUGUUCUGUAGUAGAGUAUUUAUUAAGUUUUAAAGGUACAAAAGAACAAAUAUACACAUUAAAGACAUUAAGAAAGUUUUCGCGGACAAGUAUUUCAUGUUCAUGUCGCGAUUAUUCGCAUUCGGCAAGAAAUACACAGAACAAGUCGUCAACGAAAGCAAACAAAGUGAUAGAUACAGAUUAAAUAAACUUAUCUUGUUUAACAAUCAAUGAAGUUGUUAUAAAUAUAUGUUUAAUACGUUAAGAUAAAGAAUUACUUAUCUUUCUCAAGUUUCAUCUGCAUAUAAACGUUCCAGUCAUUCAAAUAUGCAGAUAUAGACAGAUUGUCUUCACUUAAUCUGUGGCUCAGCUGGCUAGACCUUGAUUCUUGCCUGUGGUCCCCCUUUGCAUUUGACCCAAAUGUUUUGGUCAUUUUAUAUUUGCCAAUAUAAAUCUUUUUGGCAUAGAAAUUAUACAUUUGGAAUAAUAAUUUUGUAUGCUGCAUUCAAUCUAUUCUCCAUUCAGGGAGAUUCUUUUGUAAAUACCCACACCAAUCAGAAGUCUGUAUUUUUAUGCUAAAACAGAAAUUGGCAUCCCAGAGAGUAAAUUAUAUUCAUUAAGUUUAGGGCAUGUUGCAGCUCUAUAUCUUGCCGUUGCAAGUUGCUUUGCGUUUGAUGUUUGUUCUGGGAUAAAAUAUUGAAUUAUACCUUAAAUUAAUGUUUUGUGAAAUUUAGUUUAAAUAAUUUAAUAGAGAGAUGAGUGCAUAAAGCAUAGGGAUUUUGAAGCUAAAUAUGUUAUAAAAUUUGUCAUUUUAGUGAAUGCAUUCUUUUCUGCUCGUCCUGGUUGUUGCAAGGAGACAUCAGGCAUUGUAAUGGAUGGAUGGCGAUGUGUCGCUGGCAAACCUACACCGUGUGCAUUUUCUUGGUGGAUAUCUUGGGCAAAUGUGCAAUAUGACAAGGGAUAUCUUGGGCAAAUAUCUUAUAUAAAUUGGUACGAUUGCUUACCUUAAAUUACUAAAGAAGGAUGAUGUUGUAAGGUUAGUGGAUAUUUAUAAUAGUGAUAAAAUGGGGGUUCCCUAUGAAUAGGAACAAAGUAAGGCUGCCUAAUUAAGUGGAAACAAUAUUGCGCAGGGUAACAAUCUAAAAAUAUGGCGGACUGAAAUCUGUAAAAAUGAUGCAUGUUUAAUUUAAAACAUGCAAAAAUUGCGGCAUAAAUAUAUCACGAAACAUGCUUCUUACAACUACAUGCUAUGUUUAUAGGAAUUUGAAUAAGUUUUUAGUAGGCAUGAUUUAGGAUUUUUGUUUUAUUUUCAUUUAUGAUUUUCUAUAAAUGGCCCAACUAGUUUAUAUCUAAUAUGUAAUGUAUAAUAUAUAGAUUGUAAAUUUUUUGAUCUAGAAAAUAAUAGAGUUCUUAUACAACUACAUGCUGUGUUGGGUUGUUAGGGUUGAAUAAGUUUUUAGUAGGCAUGAUUUAGGAUUGUUUUUAUUUAUGAUUUUCUAUAGACUGCCCCCCCCCCCUCGUGGUGGAAGGAUAACAGUCUGUGGCCAUUUGUCACUAAUGCUGCACAGUGAUGUAGUUGUAUAAAUACAGUAGAUAUAAUAUUGUGCACUUCAGUGGCUUUCUAAUUUUAUUAUCCAAUCAGGUGUGUUACUUUAAAUAGAACUUAUUGUAUGUAAACAAGGUCAAUAGACAACGUUUGGGACAACAUUGCUUUCUUUAACAUAUAGCAUAAUUUGUCUUCGUCAUUCUGUGCACAAUGAAGUACUGGGUCAUUCCAGAAAACAUCCAUACCCCCCCCCACGGAGGAAAUAGGAAGUUAACCCCCUACCCCCUUCGGAUGCCCUAGUACAUUAAGCAAUUAUUGGAUUCGGUUUUCGCAUGAUAUCAAGAAUUAUUCAGACCGAGGUCAAUGUUAUCUGCCGAAGCGAAGCUGAGGCGGAUAACAUAGACCGAGGUCUGAAUAAUUCUUGAUAUCAUGCGAAAACCGAAUCCAAUAAUUGUUUUAUUAUACAUUUACUGUCGUUCCAAUUGAAGUGUUGCUCAAAUAUUGAUUCAAUACAUUACCUCGGGCUGAUCAAUUCAUUCCACCAAGUUCCUCGAGAUAUUCAUACACUUCCUAGUAUAAUUGUAAACUUCCUGUUGAAUAGUUUGAAUGCACCGAUCACCUUUGUUGUUUGUGCAACUAACCAAUCAUAAAUAGAAAGGAAGUGCCCAGAAAUGAUCAAAUACUCGGAAUUGGCUCUUUCACAGGAAGUAUAUGAAUAUCUCGAGGAACUUGAUGAAAUGAAUUGGUCAGCCCGAGGUAAUGUAUUGAAUCAAUAUUUGAGCAACACUUCAACAUUACAGUUGUAUUUCACUUAAAAAGUCAUGGAGAUAUUAAUGUUUAAAAUCGGGAGCAUAUUUCUGGAUGUGUCUGAAAUAUGCAAAAAACGGCGUAUCAAAUAUUAAUCAAGAUUUGCCCGACUGAAACAUGCACGAUUACCAGUAAAUAAAUGACACUUGACAAAUUGUUUAUUAUGAAACAAAUUAUUAUUAUCUACAAAAUACAAGCAAGAUUUAUUCGUCCGAAAUCCGCUUGUGUUCCUAGCACGAAUACGUUACCUUAUUUCAAGAGACAACUGCAUCGCAAAGGAUUGUCAUGCAUGGAUCGUUCGUAGUUCUGAAUUAGGGCAUGCUGUCACAAUCGAAUUGUGAAGCUCUUCUAACUUUUGCAACGUUCUGAAAUCUUGUUUAGAACACUCAAACUCUUUUUCCUUUUCUUAAUCUUGGCAAGUUCAGAAUAAACUGAGAAUGAAACACAAUCAAACCAUACAACUUGAUAAGACAUAACAAGCAUGCAACUCCCCAGAGACAUCCAACACUUUUGCAUGGAACAAAACGUAACAAAAUAGUAUAGCGUUGAUACUGUGAUGUGUAUUUGCAAAAAGCAAUAUUAUUUCCUUCAUUGCAGAAUAAUAUUCAUCCUGCUCUAACCGAGAAAUAAUCAACUCUGUUUUGAAUCCAUGAAAAACAUAAAAAAAAUUAGGCUAUUUUAAUUAAGAAAUUUUAAAAUAUAAGCGCCUGCCUUGCAUGGUCUUUCAUCUACCUUAUAAGUUUGUAAAGACCUAUUAAAUACUUGCAUAAUUUCGUACGUUCAUAUUUCAGGAAACAAUGGGCUAAGACUUACAUGUAAGAUGUCUAAAUCUAUGCCAUAUCCCUUACAAACCCUAACAACAAUUCGCUGAAAUACAAGUUAGCCGGAUAUGUCAUCAAGCUAACAAACGCUGAAGUUAAUAUUUGAUAUGCCGAUUUUCGCUAAUUUUAGACACAUUUAAAAAUAUGCUCCCGAUUUUGAACAUUAAUAUCUCCGUGAAUUGUUAAGUAAAAUACAACUGUAAUAUAUCAAAAUCUAAGUUAGUCCUUCCUCUAUUUAAUGCAAGUUAUUUCUGUUUGAAAGCUUUACUUGUUUAGAAGUUAUUACAAGUCAAACCGGAGUACUUUUUUUUGGGACACCUGGUACAAUAACAUAACUUAAUUUAUGAGAAUAAAUACAACUAUCAGGAACAACAAGAGAGUGGAGUAGCAAGACUACAAGCAGUGUUACAUUUCAAACAGAUUCUUAGUUUAUAUUGAUAGCAGUAAUGUACCAUCUGUAUAACAUACAGUUGUAAAAUUUGUAACGUCUCUCUGGAGCAGGGGGUGAGCGGAGGUGAGACACUGGGAACGAGGAUGGGCUCAUAUUCGUUCUUAAGAGUUUUUUGUAGGGCAUAUAGACGGGGGGACUCAUAUAUGGGGGGGUAUUCAAAUGUUACAUAUCAAAAUCUAAGUUAGUCCUUUAUGAAUCCAAUAAAACAUUCAAGUAUAGUAGCUUUUGUAGUUUUUGUUACAUUUAAUCAAACAGCACAAGUUUUUUUUGGGGGGGGGGCACAGUCUUUCUUUAGGUUGUAAAGCGAUAAUUGGGCUAAGAAAAUUUCAAUACGUCAUUGCUGUUGAAAUGACUUAAUUCAUCACUAAUAAUACGAAAGCUUAUGUUGCUCAUAAUAUACCAUCCAGCGUCUAUUUUUGAGAAAAUUGUUGCACAAACCAUGUUCCAAUGUUUGCGAUGUGACCAUUGCAUAUGGCUGUCAAAAACGUCCAGAUUAGUUAGAUUAUUGUUUUCUCAAACAUUGCGCGGCUCGUGAUUUUAGAACUCUUUUUAUGCUUUAACCCAUUGAGUGGCUCCACUUGACAAGUAAAAUCCUGUGGCAUUAGACAGUAAAAUACUAAAGUAGGGUGCAUCUGGGUGCAAUGCAACUUAAAGGUUAAAUUAACCAAAAAAAGUUCAUACAUUUGUUUGAAAAAAGAUUUUAACACAGUACCAUGCCUGUUUGUAUUUUGAAGUUCCUUGAGUUAAACAUGAUACAAUUUACACUCACCUGCGACAAAAUAGGGAGGUUGUGUGCUUGAUUUGCACAGUGCAACUCAAGUUGUAAGCAUCUUGCAUGGGACCAUCUGAUGCACAAGACUUUCCUCUUGAUGAGUAAAAUGAUCUGAUAUCAGACAUUUGAGUUCCUUUGCAGCUUAAGGAGUUAAUCCUAUUUAUCUUAGAGAACAGCAAUUCAACUAUCUGGCUGGCUUGACAAAUAACUAUACACCAACAAUGUGUGCAAAGGCAAUUAAGUGUAUCCUUGGAAAAUUUUAUCUGAGAUUAUGCAGAGUUGUUUACAACUUUUUUGUUCAAGCCUAGUGACUUAUUUCAGUGCAUGAAAAUCAUCCCACCUUUCAUCCUGUCCUGACAAACUGGGAUCAUGUAAACAGCACAUUUAGCCAUUAAGUUGAUUUGUUCUCUAAUUUUCCUACUUAUAUUAUUUAACUCUGUCUAACGUCAUACAAUUUUAUUAAGCAGGGGGUACACUGGCAGUUAAUUAAUGGGUAACUAGACACAUGGGCAGUCUCAUUAUGAAGCAUAAAAUCGUCUAGCGUUGGACAGUAAAAUACUCAAGUAGAGCAUGCAUCAGGGCACAGUACAACCUAAUGGUUAAAUUUGUUUUUUGUAGCAAAAUGGUUUAAGUUUUAUAUCUGAAUUUUUUUAUAUUUUUUUUUUGCUUUGUUUUACAGAUCAUUACUUGAAUGUGCUGAUGAAAUAUUGAUUUAUAAAAUAUCAUGUUACCAAGAUGACAUGCCUCGAAGAGCAAUACAUGAGGGAAUACCUCUAUUUCUAAUCAAAUUACAACAAUACACCAAAGACAGUAGUUCUCGGAUGAAAUGAAAGGAUGAAAUGGCCAGCAGUGGAUAUUUGUGACUAUAAUAAAUGGAUACAAAGAAACUAUGAUGGAUAAAUAUGGCCCCGUAAUGGAUAUUCAGUUGAUGGACAUACAAAGGUCACAGAAAUGUCUAUUUUCAGGUACUGUUCUUUCUUGUUUGCCUGCGAACAGGCUGUAGAUACUUGUAUCCAGGCCAUUGUUUGUUUUUUUUUGUUCUGGGUACAAUGAAAUCCGGCAUAAAUCCUGGCGGUCUAUUUACAAAUUCGAUCUAUUUUCUGUUCAGUAGACUUUGAUAGCUUGAAAGAAAGUUUAUAACGAUGAUUUUCUCUGCAAAAACUGUACUUUCGAAAUUCGUCAGCUUCUGAAUUUGAUAACCGAUCUAAAAAAAAGGAGGAACAUUUGAGUGUAUGGUUAUUGCAUGGUUCUAUAUAUAUUCUAUAUAUACUGCCUUUGUGCACACGCAUAAUAAGUGCAGCAACGCAACAGUUUAGACAGGGUCAUGAGGCAGGAUGUGUACAAGAAAAGCUUUGCCAGAGUUUUGUCUUUCGAAAUAGAACGACGAUUGGAAAUUGCUGUUUGAUUCUUUGUAAUAUCUUGUCGCUUUGUUAGUGAAAAAGAAAUUUGUCACUUUCCUCAUCUAAGGCCCUGUUUACAUGAGACCGGAACGAAGUCAAACCGGGACCAUUUCGUUUCGGUCACAGUAUUAUUUAUAAUAGAUGUUUACAUGAGACCGGGACGAAAAUAACUCAGACCGGUCUCAAGUCAUUCCGCCUGCUGAACCGAUCCGACUGACUUCAGACCAGCAUGAAUUCAGACGGGGAUGAAUGUAAACAGAAAUACAUUUCAGACCGGUCUCGGCUGUAAACUUGACAUUGGAACAACACAUGCUAACAAAAGCCAUCUGAAAAAGAAAAUUGCCCUGCCAAGGGGAAUAAGUUGGAAAAUUUUGUGAUUUUCGUACCGGUCUCAUGUAAAGAUAUUGACAAUUUCAAUUUUCGUGCCGGUCUCAUGUAAACGGGGCCUAAACCUUUUUUUUUUUCAAAAAACUGGCAUCGUUUGUCUUGGGGUUAGGGGGUACAAAUGGUACCCAUAGCUUAGAGGGUGCAAAUGGUACCCGUAAGAAGACUUGGUGGAAAUCAUGUUGGUCGUUUGGAUCGAUGAGAAUAAGACAAUUAUGGUGACAAAGUUUUUUUAAACAUUUUCUCUCCCGUAGUAAGGUAAAGCAUGUAUUUUCCUGGUAGCCGGUCUUACUUCAUGAAAAAAUAGUCCGCUACCAGUGACUAGGUCCCCUCUCUUAUGGCGGUUAUUCCGGCUCAAUAUCUUCGGGGAUAUUCCUUUUCAGGGCGGUUGCAUGCGGAUAAUAUGGUCCGUCGCGUGCGCAAAAUAGUUAGGGAGUUAGACAGUUUAGAAGCGUCCAAACUGCGCAAUAUACGACACUCGCAUGAAACGUAAAAUACUUAUUCUUCACAAAAUAUUAUUCACAAAAUUGCGAAAACAAAAAAUUGACAAUUUUGCAAUUUGAAUUGUGCGUUUCUGGCAAAUGCCUUUAGAUUCAAGUUGUAACGACAAUUUACAAGCGCAUUAAGUGUAAAUACGGCAUUAUUUCUAAUGAAAAGACCGCCAGGGUUAGAGUGUUUUUAUGUGGUUUGUUAAGGAGCAAACUCGCUUUUAAAAAAAAGAAAUGCGUAUUAAUUUCGAUCCAGAUUUGUUCCUGAACAUGGUCGCCAUGAAAACACUCUGUAGAGCAAGCUCAGCGACGUACGGUCAUAAUAGCGUCGUCGGAAGUUUGCAUUCAGCAUUCUCGUUCAAAAUUGAACGUACAUUAUGCUAUGCUAGGGUUGCGUACAAUCGGUACCCACACGAUGUGUAGCAAUUCUAAAGGAAUAACUAAUACGUAUAAAUAGGGUGUGCGCACGAAGUUUUUUUCGCAGGCCUUUAAUAAUUUCGGGGAAAAUAAUAAAAAAAGCAGUGUCCGUGGUCGGGGCUGAAUAGUACUGUGGAAGAUUGGGUUCGAAAAUUUGCAAUUAAGAUCUGUAUUUUUGGGCAAUUGUUACUUUUUGAAAAAUAGUACUAAUCCUACUGAUGUAAAAUAACAUCGGAAGGGUUUGGCAACAACGAUGUCCAAAGAGUAUGUUAGCCCUAAAGUUUAUUUCAUAAAAUGAUUUAUCUUUGUAUAUACUCAAUUGCAGGACAAUUUAAAGUUCGAGUAAAAGUUUAAUAACAAUUGAUAUAAAUUGAAACUCAUUCUGGCUCAAAUACUCAGAAUACUCGAUUACAUGACAAUUCAAAAAGACUAUAUUUGAAGUCAAAAUAUUAAUCAUAAUUCAAAAUGACCUUUGGGUCACAUUUUAUGCCUACUCAUAUGGUUGUGUCCACAGAAGCCUGAGGUAUUAUAUUAGAUACGAAAUACAACGUUUUUAAAAAAACAACCUUAUCAAAAAUCAGUUAAAUAUACUCGCCUUUUAAGCAAAAGCGAAAAGAUUAUUUUGGCCACAAUUUUACGGUAAACCCAAACGUGGUGACGGAAUUUCCCAGCAUUUAUAUGUGCUGAAAUUGAACUAAAUCGAAAAAUUUAACCAAAGUAUAAUUUUGCCACUCACCGGGUUUGAGUAUCUUUUGUGACAAUAUGGAUACUACCAUGAAGAUUAGAUGUUUGAUUAGUACUAAGUAAGUGUUUUCAAAAACACUACUGAAAUCAUGGCUUUGACAGGGUUGACUAAGUUAGCCUAAAAACCCAAUAAUUUCCCAUUCCAUGUUUGUAAUAUGCAUUCAAUAUGAUAGAUACGGCAGGCCUUCUACUCUUUCUUCUACUCGAUAAAUUGGAACAGAAUGGCUGAAAUUGAGUAUACUAAAAGACUUUAAUAAAAUAAAAUUUGGGGUUAAUGCAUAUGUCGUUUUUCGUCUUGCGUAACGUCAGUUGUGUGUAACUUUUAUGAAAAAAAUCAAAGUCUUGAGAUUUUGUUUUUCAACAAGUAAUAAUGGUCUAGAAAUACAGAUUUAUAUUGCACAUGUUAGUUUCUUCAGUAAGGUCUCUAAACAUUGGCACAAUUGCUUGUUCCACAGGGGGCAGAAAAGUACGAUUGUGUUUAUUUAAAAUACCUUGUCAUCGUCCUAUAUAUCGCAUAGUUUCAUCCAGGUUUCAAACGAUGAAAAUUAUGUUGAUUUUAAAUUUUUUUCGAUAAUAUAAUACCGACUACUUCAUGUAAUUCAAACAUUGUAUUACCAUACUAUCGUGGGUUCAUACUAGAACGAUUGACUUGCUUUUUACACGGGCUAUACCCUCGGCAUCCUUUCGUAAGAUGUUCGGAAAUUGUCGUUGCAAUGCAAUGAUGUUUAAAUUACAUGAAGUAGAAGGCUCGAUAUUUUCGAAAAUAUAAAAAUCAGCUAAUUUUGAUUCUUUUAUGACUUUGUCUUCGGAUUGUUGUGAUAUAAAUAUGGGAUUAUUGGUCGAUGACAAGGUAUUUACAAAAUACAAUCGUACUUUUCUGCCCCCUGUGCUUGUUCCCCAUGCAUAAAUUUUUAACUAGUUUUUGGGAUUGGAUUUAUUCAAAUUUGAGGUGAUUUUGAACACAUAUUGGUAUGUUACUCAUGAUAUGAGUAAAAUAUUGUUCGUUUAUACAUUAUUCUAGUUUCUAUAGCUUUUUAUUUGUCUUAUCAGUUGAAAUAUAUGUUGUGAUUGUUUACAAAUAUAUGGAAUUAUUUGUGAAUUGUUCGUUCAUUUUAUGCAUGACGAAACCCGAAAUUUAUAGUUUGAUGGUCACAACAAAUUUGAGUAUAAAAAAUGUUAAAAUUGUACACCCAAAACACUAGGUAUUAUAUUCGAAAUCACUGGAACACGACUAGUUUUAAAUAUGCUUGAACUGAAUUUCAUACAUGCAUGAUUUCAAAAGUUUUUAAACAGAUAACCGAUCAGAACUUUUGAAACACUCCAUGUAUGAAAUUCAAUUCAAACCAUAUUUAAAACUAGUCGUGUUCCAGUGAUUUCGAAUAUAAUACCUAGUGUUUUGGGUGUACAAUUUUAACAUUUUUAUGCUCAAAUUUGUUGUGACCAUCAAACUAUAAAUUUCGGGAUUCAUCAUGCAUAAAAUCAACGAACAAUUCACAAAUAAUUCAAUAUAUUUCGUAAACAAUCACAACAUAUAUUUCAACUGAUAAGACAAAUAAAAAGCUAUAGAAACUAGAACAAUGUAUAAACGAACAAUAUUUUACUCAUAUCAUAAUGAGUAACAUACCAAUAUGUGUUCAAAAUCACCUCAAAUUUGAAUAAAUCCAAUCCCAAAAACUAGUUAAAAAUUUAUGCAUGCGGAACAGGCAGUUGUGCCAAUGUUCUAGACCACCGUCCACAGUACUACUUGGUUUGUGGGUUCAAAUCCCAAAACACUGAACUUAUAAGUUACUAUAAAAAAAAUGGAUCCGACGGAUCCAAUGGAUUUUAGUUACAUAAAAAAAAUGGAUCCGAGGGAUCUGAUGGAUCCGAGGGAUCUGAUGGAUCAGAUGGAUCCGAGGGAUCAGAUGGACCCGAGGGAUCUGAUGGAUCUGAGGGAUCCGAUGGAUCCGAUGGAUCUGAUGGAUCCGAUGGAUCUGAUGGAUCCGAGGGAUCUGAUGGAUCCGAGGGAUCAGAUGGAUCCGAGGGAUCUGAUGGAUCCGAGGGAUCCGAUGGAUCUGAGGGAUCUGAUGGAUCCGAUGGAUCUGAUGGAUCCGAUGGAUCCGAGGGAUCCGAUGGAUCUGAUGGAUCCGAGGGAUCAGAUGGAUCCGAGGGAUCUGAUGGAUCCGAGGGAUCUGAUGGAUCCGAGGGAUCUGAGGGAUCCGAUGGAUCCGAUGGAUCUGAUGGAUCCGAUGGAUCCUAGGGAUCCGAGGGAUCUGAUGGAUCCGAGGGAUCUGAUGGAUCUGAUGGAUCUGAUCCAUCAGAUCCCUCGGAUCCAUCAGAUCCCUCGGAUCCAUCAGAUCCCUCGGAUCCAUUUUUUUUAUAUAACUAAAAUCCAUUGGAUCUGUCGGAUCCAUCAGAUCCAUGUUUUUUUAGUAACUUAUAAUAAGUUCAGUGUUUUGGGAUUUGAACCCACAAACCAAGUAGUACUGUGGACGGUGGUCUGUAAACAUUGGCACAACUGCUUGUUCCGCAUGCAUAAAUUUUUAACUAGUUUUUGGGAUUGGAUUUAUUCAAAUUUGAGGUGAUUUUGAACACAUAUUGGUAUGUUACUCAUGAUAUGAGUAAAAUAUUGUUCGUUUAUACAUUGUUCUAGUUUCUAUAGCUUUUUAUUUGUCUUAUCAGUUGAAAUAUAUGUUGUGAUUGUUUACGAAAUAUAUGGAAUUAUUUGUGAAUUGUUCGUUCAUUUUAUGCAUGACGAAUCCCGAAAUUUAUAGUUUGAUGGUCACAACAAAUUUGAGCAUAAAAAUGUUAAAAUUGUACACCCAAAACACUAGGUAUUAUAUCCGAAAUCACUGGAACACGACUAGUUUUAAAUAUGCUUGAACUGAAUUUCAUACAUGCAUGAUUUCAAAAGUUUUUAAACAGAUAACCGAUCAGAACUUUUGAAAUACUCCAUGUAUGAAAUUCAGUUCAAGCAUAUUUAAAACUAGUCGUGUUCCAGUGAUUUCGAAUAUAAUACCUAGUGUUUUAGUGUACAAUUUUAACAUUUUUAUGCUCAAAUUUGUUGUGACCAUCAAACUAUAAAUUUCGGGUUUCGUCAUGCAUAAAAUGAACGAACAAUUCACAAAUAAUUCAAUAUAUUUCGUAAACAAUCACAACAUAUAUUUCAACUGAUAAGACAAAUAAAAAGCUAUAGAAACUAGAACAAUGUAUAAACGAACAAUAUUUUACUCAUAUCAUAUGAGUAACAUACCAAUAUGUGUUCAAAAUCACCUCAAAUUUGAAUAAAUCCAAUCCCAAAAACUAGUUAAAAAUUUAUGCAUGGGGAACAAGCACAGGGGGCAGAAAAGUACGAUUGUGUUUUGUAAAUACCUUGUCAUCGACCAAUAUCCCAUAUUUAUAUCACAACAAUCCGAAGACAAAGUCAUAAAAGAAUCAAAAUUAGCUGAUUUUUAUAUUUUCGAAAAUAUCGAGCCUUCUACUUCAUGUAAUUUAAACAUCAUUGCAUUGCAACGACAAUUUCCGAACAUCUUACGAAAGGAUGAUGGUAAUACAAUGUUUGAAUUACAUGAAGUAGUCGGUAUUAUAUUAUCGAAAAAAAUUUAAAAUCAACAUAAUUUUCAUCGUUUGAAACCUGGAUGAAACUAUGCGAUAUAUACACGGCAAAAAACGCCGAGCCCGUUGCUCAACAGGACUGAACAAUGUUUUGCUGCCUACGUUGUUCAUAGCUGUCAACAAUAUUGAACAAUAUUGUUGAGCCUGAAUCGGGUGUAACAAUAUUGUUCGAUAUUGUUGACAGCUAUGAACAAUGUGGGCAGCAAAACAUUGUUCAAUCCUGUUUUCAUCAGUAUUGCAUCAACUUGAGCGUUUUUUGCCGUGUAGGACGAUGACAAGGUAUUUUAAAUAAACACAAUCGUACUUUUCUGCCCCCUGUGGAACAAGCAGUUGUGCCAAUGUUUAGAGACCUUACUGAAGAAACUAACAUGUGCAAUAUAAAUCUGUAUUUCUAGACCAUUAUUACUUGUUGAAAAACAAAAUCUCAAGACUUUGAUUUUUUUCAUAAAAGUUACACACAACUGACGUUACGCAAGACGAAAAACGACAUAUGCAUUAACCCCAAAUUUUAUUUCAUUAAAGUCUUUUAGUAUACUCAAUUUCAGCCAUUCUGUUCCAAUUUAUCGAGUAGAAGAAAGAGUAGAAGGCCUGCCGUAUCUAUCAUAUUGAAUGCAUAUUACAAACAUGGAAUGGGAAAUUAUUGGGUUUUUAGGCUAACUUAGUCAACCCUGUCAAAGCCAUGAUUUCAGUAGUGUUUUUGACGAAAACACUUACUUAGUACUAAUCAAACAUCUAAUCUUCAUGGUAGUAUCCAUAUUGUCACAAAAGAUACUCAAACCCGGUGAGUGGCAAAAUUAUACUUUGGUUAAAUUUCUCGAUUUAGUUCAAUUUCAGCACAUAUAAAUGCUGGGAAAUUCCGUCACCACGUUUGGGUUUACCGUAAAAUUGUGGCAAAAAUAAUCUUUUCGCUUUUGCUUAAAAGGCGAGUAUAUUUAACUGAUUUUUGAUAAGGUUGUUUUUUUAAAAACGUUGUAUUUCGUAUCUAAUAUAAUACCUCAGGCUUCUGUGGACACAACCAUAUGAGUAGGCAUAAAAUGUGACCCAAAGGUCAUUUUGAAUUAUGAUUAAUAUUUUGACUUUAAAUAUUCUUUUUGAAUUGUCAUGUAAUCGAGUAUUCUGAGUAUUUGAGCCAGAAUGAGUUUCAGUUUAUAUCAAUUGUUAUUAAACUUUUACUCGAACUUUAAAUUGUCUUGCAAUUGAGUAUAUACAAAGAUAAAUCAUUUUAUGAAAUAAACUUUAGGGCUAACAUACUCUUUGGACAUCGUUGUUGCCAAACCCUUCCGAUGUUAUUUUACAUCAGUAGGAUACUAUUUUUCAAAAAGUAACAAUUGCCCAAAAAUACAGAUCUUAAUUGCAAAUUUUCCAACCCAAUCUUCCACAGUACUAUUCAGCCCCGACCACGGACACUGCUUUUUUUAUUAUUUUCCCCGAAGUUAUUAAGGCCUGCGAAAAAAACUUCGUGCGCACACCCUAUUUAUACGUAUUAGUUAUUCCUUUAGAAUUGCUACACAUCGUGUGGGUACCGAUUGUACGCAACCCUAGCAUAGCAUAAUGUACGUUCAAUUUUGAACGAAAAUGCUGAAUGCAAACUUCCGACGACGCUAUUAUGACCGUACGUCGCUGAGCUUGCUCUACAGAGUGUUUUCAUGGCGACCAUGUUCAGGAACAAAUCUGGAUCGAAAUUAACACACAUUUCUUUUUUUAAAAAGCGAGUUUGCUCCUUAACAAACCACAUAAAAACACUCUAACCCUGGCGGUCUUUUCAUUAGAAAUAAUGCCGUAUUUACACUUAAUGCGCUUGUAAAUUGUCGUUACAACUUGAAUCUAAGGGACCGGUCAUUAUUUAUGGCGGGGGAUGGCACCGAAGAGAAAAGGGUUGGGUAAACUAAAUUUUGAGUAAGUAAAAGGUUGGGUAAAUGAAAAACAAAACAACUCAAGGGUUGGGUAAUAAAAAGUUAUAGUCAUAUGUCAAUACAAUAUGUGAAUCAGUCAGUCACUGUCUUGAUCAUUUUCCAAUUUGUUAGAAGACAAAUGGUGUCUCCAAAGAAAGCACAUGUGCAGACAACAUGAUACAUUAGACUGCAGCAAAUUUCACAAGCAGUUAUCAAACUCCUCAGUGUCACAGAAAUUGGGUAAAGGACAUAUCUGACAACUGAAUGGUAAUCUUUUGUAAAGUUUAAUUUUGGCCAGGGGUGGGUAUUUAUUUUUUACUUGAUAUUUGAGGUUGGGUAAUCAAAUUUUUGACUUUUUAAUGGUUGGGUCAGCAAAAUUUUUGCUACGAAAAACAUUUCUCUUCGGUGCCACCCCCCACCAUAAAUAAUGACCGGUCCCUAAAGGCAUUUGCCAGAAACGCACAAUUCAAAUUGCAAAAUUGUCAAUUUUUUGUUUUCGCAAUUUUGUGAAUUAUUAUAAAGUAUUUUACGUUUCAUGUGAGUGUCGUAUAUUGCGCAGUUUGGACGCUUCUAAACUGUCUAACUCCCUAACUAUUUUGCGCACGCGACGGACCAUAUUAUCCGCAUGCAACCGCCCUGAAAAGGAAUAUCCCCGAAGAUAUUGAGCCGGAAUAACCGCCAUAAGAGAGGGGACCUAGUCACUGGUAGCGGACUAUUUUUUCAUGAAGUAAGACCGGCUACCAGGAAAAUACAUGCUUUACCUUACUAUGGGAGAGAAAAUGUUUAAAAAAAACUUUGCCACCAUAAUUGUCUUAUUCUCGCCGAUCCAAACGACCCCAACAUGAUUUCCACCAAGUCUUCUUACGGGUACCAUUUGCACCCUCUAAGCUAUGGGUACUAUUUGUACCCCCUAACCUCAAGACAAACGAUGCCAGUUUUUUGAAAAAAAGGUUUAGGCCCCGUUUACAUGAGACCGGGACGAAAAUUGAAAUUGUCAAUAUCUUUACAUGAGACCGGUACGAAAAUCACAAAAUUUUCAACUUAUUCCCCUUGCCAGGGCAAUUUUCUUUUUCAGAUGGCUUUUGUUAGCAUGUGUUGUUCCAAUGUCAAGGUUACAGCCGAGACCGGUCUGAAAUGUAUUUCUGUUUACAUUCAUCCCCGGUCUGAAGUCAGUCGGUUCGGUUCAGCAGGCGGAAUGACUUGAGACCGGUCUGAGUUAUUUUCGUCCCGGUCUCAUGUAAACAUCUAUUAUAAAUAAUACUGUGACCGAAACGAAAUGGUCCCGGUUUGACUUCGUUCCGGUCUCAUGUAAACAGGGCCUUAGAUGAGGAAAGUGACAAAUUUCUUUUUCACUAACAAAGCGACAAGAUAUUACAAAGAAUCAAACAGCAAUUUCCAAUCGUCGUUCUAUUUCGAAAGACAAAACUCUGGCAAAGCUUUUCUUGUACACAUCCUGCCUCAUGACCCUGUCUAAACUGUUGCAUUGCUGCACUUGUUAUGCGUGUGCACAAAGGCAGUAUAUAUAGAAUAUAUAUAGAACCAUGCAAUAACCAUACACUCAAAUGUUCCUUUUUUUUUCAGAUCGGUUAUCAAAUUCAGAAGCUGACGAAUUUCGAAAGUACAGUUUUUGCAGAGAAACUCAUCGUUAUAAACUUUCUUUCAAGCUAUCAAAGUCUACUGCACAAACAGAAAAUAGAUCGAAUUUGUAAAUAUACUGAACAUUUAGACCGCCAGGAUUUAUGCCGGAUUUCAUUGUACCCAGAACAAAAACAAACAAACAAUGGCCUGGAUACAAGUAUCUACAGCCUGUUCGCAGGCAAACAAGAAAGAACAGUACCUGAAAAUAGACAUUUCUGUGACCUUUGUAUGUCCAUCAACUGAAUAUCCAUUACGGGCCAUAUUUAUCCAUCAUAGUUUCUUUGUAUCCAUUUAUUAUAGUCACAAAUAUCCACUGCUGGCCAUGAACAUUUAUCAAUCCUUUCAUUUCAUCCGAGAACUACUGUCUUUGGUGUAUUGUUGUAAUUUGAUUAGAAAUAGAGGUAUUCCCUCAUGUAUUGCUCUUCGAGGCAUGUCAUCUUGGUAACAUGAUAUUUUAUAAAUCAAUAUUUCAUCAGCACGUUCAAGUAAUGAUCUGUAAAACAAAGCAAAAAAAAAUUUAAAAAAUUUAAAAAAUUCAGAUAUAAAACCAUUUUGCUACAAAAAACAAAUUUAACCAUUAGGUUGUACUACUUGAGUAUUUUACUGUCCAACGCUAGACGAUUUUAUGCUUCAUAAUGAGACUGCCCAUGUGUCUAGUUACCCAUUAAUUAACUGCCAGUGCACCCCCUGCUUAAUAAAAUUGUACGACGUUAGACAGAGUUAAAUAAUAUAAGUAGGAAAAUUAGAGUGCAAAUGCAUGCUCUACUUGAGUAUUUUACUGUCCAGCGCUAGACGAUUUUAUGCUUCAUAAUGAGACUGCCCAUGUGUCUAGUUACCCAUUAAUUAACUGCCACUGCACCCCCUGCUUAAUAAAAUUGUAUGACGUUAGACAGAGUUAAAUAAUAUAAGUAGGAAAAUUAGAGUGCAAAUCAACUUAAUGGCUAAAUGUGCUGUUUACAUGAUCCCAGUUUGUCAGGACAGGAUGAAAGGUGGGAUGAUUUUCAUGCACUGAAAUAAGUCACUAGGCUUGAACAAAAAAGUUGUAAACUCCUCUGCAUAAUCUCAGAUAAAAUUUUCCAAGGAUACACUUAAUUGCCUUUGCACACAUUGUUGGUGUAUAGUUAUUUGUCAAGCCAGCCAGAUAGUUGAAUUGCUGUUCUCUAAGAUAAAUAGGAUUAACUCCUUAAGCUGCAAAGGAACUCAAAUGUCUGAUAUCAGAUCAUUUUAUUCAUCAAGAGGAAAGUCUUGUGCAUCAGAUGGUCCCAUGCAAGAUGCUUACAACUUGAGUUGCACUGUGCAAAUCAAGCACACAACCUCCCUAUUUUGUCGCAGGUGAGUGUAAAUUGGUCUGGAGGUGGUUCCCUACUUAGGGUUUUAUGCAGUAUCAUGUUUAACUCAAGGAACUUCAAAAUACAAACAGGCAUGGUACUGUGUUAAAAUCUUUUUUUCAAACAAAUGUAUGAACUUUUUUUGGUUAAUUUAACCCUUUAAGUUGCAUUGCACCCAGAUGCACCCAACUUUAGUAUUUUACUGUCUAACGCCACAGGAUUUUACUUGUCAAGUGGAGCCACUCAAUGGGUUAAAGCAUAAAACGAGUUCUAAAAUCACGAGCCGCGCAAUGUUUUAGAAAACAAUAAUCUAACUAAUCUGGACGUUUUUGACAGCCAUAUGCAAUGGUCACAUCGCAAACAUUGGAACAUGGUUUGUGCAACAAUUUUCUCAAAAAUAGACGCUGGAUGGUAUAUUAUGAGCAAUAUUAUUAGUGAUGAAUUAAGUCAUUUCAACAGCAAUGACGUAUUGAAAUUUUCUUAGCCCAAUCAUCGCUUUACAACCUAAAGAAAGACUGUGCCCCCCCCUGCUCCAGAGAGACGUUACAAAUUUUACAACUGUAUGUUAUACAGAUGGUACAUUACUGCUAUCAAUAUAAACUAAGAAUCUGUUUGAAAUGUAACACUGUUGUAGUCUUGCUACUCCACUCUCUUGUUGUUCCUGAUAGUUGUAUUUAUUCUCAUAAAUUAAGUUAUGUUAUUGUAUAUUUAUACAGUAUUUGUAAAAUUGAGCCCACAGUAAUUGGUUUUUUAUACUGUUGUGAUGACACUGCCACUCUUUUGUGAUAAAGAUAUCAUAAAUUCAUAUCAUAUCUCAAAAAUUAGGUGGGCACCCAUUUAUAGAAAAUCAUGAAUAGAAACAAAAAUCCUAAAUCAUGCCUACUAAAAACUUCAAAUUCCUAUCAACAUAGCAUGAGGUGUUUUUUUUGUUUUUGUUUUUUUAAGAAUUUUAGAUGAUUCUUCAGUCUUACUUGUUUUAAUGUACACUAUUGUAAGUUUUGAAACAAACAGACAACUUACAAAAGUGUACAUAGCAUGAGGUUGUUUCAGAUAAAUAUAUAUUACAGAAAAUCUAUUUUUCCUAUAUUACAAAUUUAAUUUAAGUAUGUUUUUGUCAUUGAGCAAGGAUUGAGAAAUAAUGCAGGAAAUAUUUAAUGCUUGCAUAUUUUCUUUGCCUUGAAUGGGUCGUUCCAGAAUAGAUCCAUACUCCCCCCACAGAGGAAAUUUCUGCCGUCCGGAGGGGGAGGGGACAAAAAAUUGUUUCUGAUAAUAGUAAAUGUAUUAGGGCAUCCGAAGGGGGUUAACUUCCUAUUUCCUCCAUGGGGGGGGGGGAUAUGGAUGUUUUCUGGAAUGACCCAAUACUUCAUUGUGCACAAAAUGACGAAGACAAAUUCUGCUAUAUGUUAAAGAAAGCAAUGUUGUCCCAAACGUUGUCUAUUGACCUUGUUUACAUACAAUAAGUUCUAUUUAAAGUAACACACCUGAUUGGAUAAUAAAAUUAGAAAGCCACUGAUGUGCACAAUAUUAUAUCUAUUUAUACGACUACAUCACUGUGCAGCAUUAGUGACAAAUGGCCACAGACUGUUAAAUAUCUAUUUAUACGACUACGUCACUGUGCAGCAUUAGUGACAAAUGGCCACAGGCUGUUAUCCUUCCACCACGGAGGGGGGGGGGGGACAGUCUAUAGAAAAUCAUAAAUAAAAACAAUCCUAAAUCAUGCCUACUAAAAACUUAUUCAACCCUAACAACCCAACACAGCAUGUAGUUGUAUCAGAACUCUAUUAUUUUCUAGAUCAAAAAAUUUACAAUCUACAUAUUAUACAUUACAUAUUAGAUAUAAACUAGUUGGGGCAUUUAUAGAAAAUGAUAAAUGAAAAUAAAACAAAAAUCCUAAAUCAUGCCUACUAAAAACUUAUUCAAAUUCCUAUAAACAUAGCAUGUAGUUGUAAAAAGCAUGUUUCGUGAUAUAUUUAUGCCGCAAUUUUUGCAUGUUUUAAAUUAAACAUGCAUCAUUUUUACAGAUUUCAGUCCGCCAUAUUUUUAGAUUGUUACACUGCGCAAUAUUGUUUCCACUUAAUUAGGCAGCCUUACUUUGUUCCUAUUCAUAGGGAACCCCCAUUUUAUCACUAUUAUAAAUAUCCACUAACCUUCCAACAUCAUCCUUCUUUAGUAAUUUAAGGUAAGCAAUCGUACCAAUUUAUGUAAGAUAUUUGCCCAAGAUAUCCCUCGUCAUAUUGCACAUUUGCCCAAGAUAUCCACCAAUAAAAUGCACACGGUGUAGGUUUGCCAGCGACACAUCGUCAUCCAUCCAUUACAAUGCCUGAUGUCUCCUUGCAACAACCAGGACGAGCAGAAAAGAAUGCAUUCACUAAAAUGACAAAUUUUAUAACAUAUUUAGCUUCAAAAUCCCUAUGCUUUAUGCACUCAUCUCUCUACUAAAUUAUUUAAACUAAAUUUCACAAAACAUUAAUUUAAGGUAUAAUUCAAUAUUUUAUCCCAGAACAAACAUCAAACGCAAAGCAACUUGCAACGGCAAGAUAUAGGGCUGCAACAUGCCCUAAACUUGAAUAUAAUUUACUCUCUGGGAUGCCAAUUUCUGUCUUAGCAUAAAAAUACAGACUUCUGAUUGGUGUGGGUAUUUACAAAAGAAUCUCCCUGAAUGGAGAAUAGAUUGAAUGCAGCAUACAAAAUUAUUAUUCCAAAUGUAUAAUUUCUAUGCCAAAAAGAUUUAUAUUGAAUUGGCAAAUAUAAAAUGACCAAAACAUUUGGGUCAAAUGCAAAGGGGGACCACAGGCAAGAAUCAAGGUCUAGCCAGCUGAGCCAGAGAUUAAGUGAAGACAGAUGUAUAACUUCAGUAAAAAAGUUGUCCCACAAUAAGUUCUUUGUAUGUUUGCAUGGCGAUAAAACAUAUAAUAGUUUUGUUUGUGGAAACACCACGUAAAUUUAUUACUGCCAAGCUUUCGAUCUGUAAGCCCGAAUCUUCAUCAGUGCUAAUAAUAUGUGAGCCAACAGAUCAAGACAUUUUUUGUAUAUAAAAAGGGCGUGUGAAUUAAACAAGUCACAUAUUAGCACUGAUGAAGAUCCGGGCUUACGGAUCGAAAGCUUUGCAGUAAUAAAUUUAUGUGGUGUUUCCACAAACAAAACUAUAUAGUUGUCCCACAGUCACCAUCUUCCUAGCAAGUGUCGCUCGCAUGAUCAUUUGUCAUUUGAUAAUCGUCAUUGCUUUCAAAAAAUGCUUUCAACACCUUUUCUACAAAUGAUGCUAUAGAUAAACAAGCAUGUUUAUAAACAAGCUGCAAGGGAAAACAACCAGGAAAUUUUCCAGAAAAUUGGGCUAAAUUUUCCAGAAAAUUGGCUAUUCCAUUUAAUAUCCAUAAUCUCCCUUUUUAACUCCGGAAUUCCUCAUGGGUAAACAAAUUCUCCAGUGGAAUUCUUCAGGGGUUGGUUAUUUCAAAUGCAAUUCCUUUAGGGGUCAGAUGUAAAAAUUGUAAUUCUUCAGGGGUAACAGGAAUUCUUCAGGGGAUCUCUUUUAUGUCAAGAAUUCUUCAGAGAUAUGGUAAAACCAUUGUCCUUGAUAGGGGGGGGUUACGUCUUUUAAAUGGAAUAGCCCAAUUCAAAACAAGCCCCAAAAUCUUGUAAAACUUUCUGAAAAUUGUUGAGAAACAUUUCUCUCGUCAAAACUAUAUUAAACUUUUGACGGAUAAAAAACCACCAUUGAAGGAAAAUUCAUUCUUGACAUUUCUUGUAUGAUAGUGCUUAUAAAUAAUUAUUAAUAUCGAACUAAUGAUUAUUAGUUUGAUAUUAAUAAUUAUUUAUAAGCACUAUCAUACAAGAACUGAAGUAUAGCAUCCAAUUAUUACAUUUUGUAAAGUAGUAAUAUAAAACAGUUUUUUGCAACAGCUUUCAGCAAUUCAGGCUGGUAGCAUAUUUGGCAAAGGCGUUGUGAAAGUUUUCAAACUAUUUCGCUCCAGCGUAGUGUGAAAGCGAUGGCUUAUUGUGACUUUUCUACAUUGUUGUCAAAUAGCUCCGGCGUGGUGGUGGAACACUUGGCGGCUUCUUGUGAACACAAACACAUGGCAGAUUUUGGUGGAUAAUUUGCAGAAAUUCACUUUGAAAUUCGAUCAAGUAAAAUUCGGACUGAAAUUCAAUGUAACUUGCGACUGAUUGAGAAGCGUUGCUGUGUUUACUUACAUGUUAAUGCAUUUUUUAGUAUUACUGCAUUCCUUAACCUCGCCCUUAAUAUGACAGCCAUUUCUAUUUUCUAGGCACACACCUUGCAAGGAAGCUUUAUUGACUAUAUACUGAAACUAAAUAUUCUAAAUAUUGAGUUUAGUUCACAUAGCAGUCUCUUAAUUCAAGCAACAGUUUAAUAACUAUUAUUUUUAACACUUGAAUAAGUCAAACUUAUACAUACAAAAACUGCAAGACCUUACUUUUAUAUAAAUAAAGUGUGUAAAUUUUCGACUCGUUCUCAACAUGCAGGAUACACUGUUACAGCGAGUUAGUUUUUGGUGGCCAUGCAUGCAAAAGUGGGCCGCUAUUUUGCUUACGAGUUAACGAGUUACGUGGACGUAUAAUUAUUGCUGUUACAUAAACGUUCCAGUUUUUAAGGGCUAUAGCCGAUAAAAAUUGCGUGCUCAUUAUAAUCGCCGAUCACAUAGCUUUAUCACUGUCUAAAACCUUCGGACAAUCUUAUAUCCGCAUUCCCCCCCCCCUCGGACAUCCUAAGACAUUUUUCCUCACUCCCCCUUCGGACAGCAUGGGGGGUAUGGAUCUUUUCUGGAACAACCCAUUGACCGAAAGUGCCUAAAUUUCCCAUGAAUUUGCCCUUGGUAACUUGUGCGUCUCAACGAUCAAACUGCGAGGUAAAACUUCCUGUCUCUAAGCUGUGCUUCAAAUAGCUGUAAUGUUUACAAAAUAGUGAGUUUUGAAGCAAAAAUUAAUUUUGAAAUUGGGAAAGCCAAUAGGCAAUUCCAGCUUAAAUAGUUUAUGCGUGCAGGGGAUGAUGGGAAAAAAGGUAUCACAUUGCUGAUAUAUAUAUAUAUAUAUAUAUAUAUAUAUAUAUAUAUAUAUAUAUAUAUAUAUAUAUAUAUAUAUAUAUAUAUAUAUAUAUAUAUAUAUAUUUACGGACCGCUUGUCAACCAAUCAGAAUAGAGAAUUUUGAAAAGCUGAACGAACAUAUUAUAGAUAGGGGUAUUGGGUUACUUGUGGGUAACAAGCCUGUUCGCGGGCGACCUGAGUAUCGGGAAAAACAACGAACAUGUGAGACUUUGUGAGCGAGAGUUUUGUGUAAAAAGUGGGAGUUUUUAUAGUUUAUUAAACUUUACUAAAACAUAAUACGAGAGUUUUAGUGUGCCGACACAAGUUCGGCACAUUUUGGUGCCGUGACCAGGAUUGAACAACGAAAUAUUUGCGGAUAAAGACGAGAAAUUGAGGGUAUUACGAAAUCCAAGAUGGCGGACGAACUUGAACAACAAGAAAUUGAGGAGAAUAAUACGGUAGAAAUCACUCAGGAGGAGAAAGACCAGGAGAAAAAGAUUAGAAAAGAGAUUGAAAAGCUGCAGUUUUAUCUCGAGGACGUCGACGAAUUAUUGGAAAGUGAGGAUUUUAAUGAAAUCAAACAAGUAUGCAAGCGAACACAGCAGAUUCAAGAUAAUAUGAACGACUUGGUGUCCCAUUUACAAGAAUUAAAAAUUGAGCUGGGAAAUUCAACACAAAGAUCUAUUAGACAGUGGACAAGAGAUUUGAAGGCAGAGUAUGCACCACUAUGUGAGAAACGUGCGAGGUUGUGUAGGGUACUAGACGAUAGACAGAGACAUGAAAACUUGAGAGCUGAGGAAGAAGUGGCGAUCAGAAAGAUGGAGAAAGAAGAGCAACUACGUAGGCAGAUCCAACAACGAGAGAAAGAAAUGUGGGAAGAAAGAAUGAGAGCGGAGUUAGUGCUGGCAGAGAAGAAAAUUCAGAUGGAGAAAGAAGCUAAAGCAAGUACAUCGAAACUACCAGAGUUGAAAAUAUCACCCUUUAAUGGCACUUCUGCUGACUGGAUAAGGUUUGAGAAUAUGUUUUCCUCACAAGUUGACAGCAAGUCCAUUUCCGACGCUGAGAAAUUUGGGUACCUUUUAGAGCUUGUGAAUCCGAAGGUGAGAGGUAGACUUUCGAACUUGAAGCCGGGGUCAGAAGGUUACAAAACAGCAUGGGAAAGGUUGAAAAUGGAAUAUGGUCAUAAUAAAUUAGUAAUUGCAGCUCAUAUGGAGGAGAUUAUUAAGUUACAGACGGUGAGAGGAAGAAAUUACGAUAAGGUAUGUGAAUUUUAUGAAAGUCUUUGCAAAAACUAUGACGCACUGCAAACGUUGAGUGAAGAAGCUAUGUUAAAGGGGUUGGUGGUAUCUACUUUAAAUAAACUUCCCCAGGUUAAGCCUGAUUUAGUACGUAUGGAUGAUAAUUGGGAAGAUUGGAACAUGAAACAAUUGUUAUCAGCAUUACAGGGGUGGUUGAAGCGUAACAAAACAGAAGAGGUAUCAACUAAGGAGCAUGAAAACCCAAGAAAGAGGGAGCGAAACUGGUAUACCCAAAAGGGAGGAGAGUUUACCAAUGGUAAAGGCAAGGGCCCGGUCUGUAUUUAGUGCGAAGGACAGCACUGGGGAGACCAAUGCACAUCGUAUGACUCUGUGACUAAGCGUAGACAGUUCUUUGUUGAAAAACGACUGUGCUUUAAUUGUGGUCGACCAGGCCACCGCGAAAGUAAAUGUCGCAGUAGGGGUGCUACAAGUGCAAGAAUAAACAUCACACUAGCCUUUGUGAUAAACUGCAGGAAAACAAUAAUCGAGAAAACCACAACGCAAUGUUAAAUGGAUAUUCCCCAUCCUCCGAAGAGAAGUCUUUACCAGCUAUAGUGCCACUUAAAAUUAAGGGUAAGACAUUUUGGGCGUAUCGACACGGGCUCUGGGAGAAAUUUCAUCUCGAAGGAAGCAGUGCGACAAUUAAGACUAUCACCCCAGCGCCAUGAGAGUAGAAACAUCCUAACUGUAAACGGGUCCAAAAAGGCAUCAAUGCCAGUGUUUGAAGUAACAAUCAAUUCAGUUGAUGGACAGGCAAGUGAGAAUAUCGAGAUUACUGGUACAGAAAUGCCAGAUUUUACAACUGUGAAAAGACCGACUUUCAUAGAGCUAAAGGAGAAAUACGAGCAUCUUUGCGAGAAAACAUUCUACCGGUCAGAAAACGAAGAGUAUCCCAUCCAUGUCAUAUUGGGCGAUGCUACCUAUUGCAAAAUACGGACUGAUCAAGUCUACAAGGGAAAAUCAGAGGAUCCGAUUGUAGAAGGAACGACCUUCGGUUGGGUAGUUCAUGGCGGCCAAGAUUACGCAGAUUCAAGGUGCAUGUAUGUUUGUGACCAUAGUGAUUAUGAACAGCUCUAUUCCCUUGAUGUCUUGGGAGUAGAGGAUCGAGGGGAGAAAGAUCAGUCAACAAUUUAUGCAGAAUUCCAAGAAAGCAUCACUAGGAAAGAGGAUGGGAGAUACGAAGUUGCUGUUCCAUGGAUACCUGGAGCUGUAUUGUCAAACACUAAUGAAGAACCCAGUAGGAAGAGACUCCACAAUGUAAACAGGAAGUUGAAACAGAAUCAACAGCUCAAAGAUGAAUACGAGAAAAUUGUGCAUGAACAGUUGAAAGACGGAGUCAUUGAAAAGACCAAAGAGAGCUCGACUAGUGAACGCGUGUUCUACAUGCCACACAAACCGGUGAUUAAAGAAAAUGCCUCUACAACCAAGGUGAGAAUGGUGUUCGAUGCCAGUGCCAGACCCCAUUCAACGGCCAAUAGCGUCAAUGAAUGCAUGCACACUGGCCCCCCACUUCAACCAUUGUUAUGGGACAUAUUAAUCAGAGCCAGAAUGUCAACCCAUCUACUACUCGCAGACUUGCAGAAGGCGUUUCUGCAGGUUGGUUUGAAGGAAGAUGAUCGAGAUGCGUUUCGGUUUCUGUUUGACAUUAACGGUCAAGUAGAACAUUUAAGAUUUACCCGUGUGCCUUUCGGCGUGGAAGCCAGCCCAUUUAUGCUCGGUGCCACCCUGCAACACCACUUCAAUCUGCAGCCAGAAGAGUACCAAAACACCAUUGAGUCGUUAAAAGAGAACACUUAUGUUGAUAAUCUAAUGAAGACCGGAAGUGAUAUUGCAGAUCUUGAAGAUUUCAAACGCGAAGCGACAGAAAUCCUAGAAGACGCGAAGUUCCCAGUCCACAAGUGGGAGUCGAAUGUCGAAGAACUUGACAACGAAUCAAAUCCCAGCAAAAUACUCGGACAUAAAUGGAAUACGGAAGAAGUAGGCAUCAGUUGGAAGUACUGUCCAUCCGAGGAAAAUUUAGCUGAUUUAGGGAGUCGGCCGGAGAGCUUCGAUCGACAAAAUGGAAAAGGACGGUUGGUUUAAUGGUCCCGAGUGGCUAGUUAACCCAGACAAAUGGCCAAAACAACCAAAGCUCGAGAGAACAAAGGCUGUCCUGGACGAGCAGAAGCCGAUGACGGAAGUAGCUUUCAAUACGGAAGAAAAGGGUCCGGCCAAAUGGGACUUGCUACUUUCUAGAUCAAGCUACUGGAAGACUAUUCGUGUUACUGCGUGGGCGUUAAGAUUUGUAAGCAAUGCAAGAGCCAGAAAACAGAAAACUAACCUAGCGAAAGGUCCGCUGACGACGAACGAGCUAGAACAGUCGAAAGUGCGAUGGGUGAAGAAGGUCCAAGAAGACAUGAGUUCGGAGCUACGAGCACCUGGAUGGGAAGUCAUACGAGAAGGUGAUUCUGGUUUACUGAAAUGUAAAGGUCGAAUUCCCGGGUAUCAGCCGAUAUACUUGGAAGGAGGAGACUUUACGGACAAAUUGAUUAUGCAUACACACAAUGAGAUACGUCAUUUUGGUAUCGCGAACACGAUGGCCGCACUAAGAGAGAACUGGUGGAUUCCGAGACUGCGCUCGAAAGUUAAAAGGAUCAUUAACGAAUGCAACGUAUGUAAAGCGUACAGAGUCAAAUCAUAUGGUCGUACAGCAACUGCCGAACUACCUACGUUUCGAAUCGAAAGCGGAGGACCAUUUGAAACAACGGGUGUUGAUUUCGCGGGUCCCCUCACAUAUAAGCUUACCAAGAAAGAAGAAGGCAAGUGCUACAUCCUAAUAUUUACAUGUGCUACAUCCAGAGCCGUGCAUCUGGAGUUGACGAAGACACAAUCGGCAGAGGAAUUCAAAGUAAAGCUAAACGCCUUCAUCGCAAGAAAGAGCAGACCAAAGUUGAUUGUGUCGGACAACGGAGGAGCGUUUAAAGCGACAGCGUUAUGGAUCAGAAAGAUACGUAAAAGUGAACAACUGCAAGAUUAUUUGGCAAGACAAGAGAUUCGGUGGAGAUUCAAUCUAUCCAAGUCCCCUUGGUGGGGUGGAAUGUACGAACGCUUACUUAAGGACAUUAAAAAAGCCCUGUAUAAAGUUCUGGGAAGAUCAACAUUAUGUUUCGACCAGUUACAAGCUAUCGUAAUUGAUAUUGAGAAAAACGUAAACAAUAGGCCACUGACGUACGUCGAAAGCGAGCAAGAAGAGGAACAAGUGCUCACACCAAAUACAAUUCUGUGGGGACAAAACGUGCAUACCAUAGACGAAUCAGACACGGAUGAUGGAGAAGUCGUGAAGUUACACAAACGAAUGAAGCAGAAACGAGAACACGCGUGGCAAAGAUGGAAGACGGAGUACGUACAUAGUUUGAUGGAACAUCAUCGAGUGAUUAAAGGGGAAAAUGCGUGUCCAGAAGUGGGAGAAAUGAUGUUGGUGGUCGGUGAGGAAAAGAAUCGAGCUGAAUGGAAACGGGGAAAAGUUGUUGAGCUAAUCAAGGGCAAGGACAACGUUGUGCGAGGAGUAAAGAUCUUGACGAAGGGACAUACGAUUGAAAGACCACUUUCUCUUGUUUGCUCUCUCGAACUCAAGGAAACAGAGAUUGAAGAACCGAAGCCAAAGGUGACGAAGCCAAAAGAAACGGACGAAAUCGGACAACGAAAGAGUAAGAGACAAGCAGCAAAGGACGCUAGGUGUAAAAUACUGCAGUUGAUACAAGAGGAAGAAGAUUGAAGAAUUGAACUCGACAUAACGUCGGACAUUUGAUUGCGAACAUUAACUUUCUAGUUGAUAUUAGUUAUAAAAUUAAGAAAAACAUUUAAUUUUAGAGGGGAGCGUGAACGAACAUAUUAUAGAAAGGGGUAUUGGGUUACCUGUGGGUAACAAGCCUGUUCGCGGGCGACCUGAGUAUCGGGAAAAACAACGAACAUGUGAGACUUUGUGAGCGAGAGUUUUGUGUAAAAAGUGGGAGUUUUUAUAGUUUAUUAAACUUUACUAAAACAUAAUAAGAGAGUUUUAGUGUGCCGACACAAGUUCGGCACAUACGGCGCCUAAAACUUUCUUCCAUUUUUCGACUUUAAAUGCAUUUCUUUCGAAUUUAAUCGAUAUCCCCGGCAAGAAUGAUUACAUACAACUCUCAAAACAACGAUGCUUUAAUCAAAGAGCUUAAUUCGCUUCAAAAUACUCGAAGGAACGACAAAAUUCGCCUAAAAUACAUCCGAGGCAUGUAGGUGCUGUGCAGUAAACAGGAAUUUGUUAAGCCACUGAUUGACCAACAUAUUCAACUGUUUUCUCCUACAUGCCUCGGAUGUAUUUUGGCCGAAUUUUCUCGUUCCUUCGAGUAUUUUGAAGCGAAUUUAAGCUCUUUGAUUAAAGCAUCGUUGUUUUGAGAGUUGUAUGUUAUCAUUCUUGCCGGCGAUAUUGAUUAAAUUCGAGAGAAUAAUAAUAAUAAUAAUAAAACUUUAUUUAUUGAGAGAUUACAUUGAUUACUUAAUAUAGUAUUCUUCCCAAUGGCCCUAGCCUGCAUGGCAGGUGGUCUAAAAUACCGCCUGCUGGGUUUGGCAGUGUAAUUUGAUAACCGCCCACUUUUUUGUCUGGGUCCAAUUAGCCAAUCAGCAAACACUAAAUAUAUUAAUAAUCAAACUGUCAAACGCUCAAACUAUGUUAUUGUUUGGUCGGCGUCGCAAAAUUGCAAAUAUAAAAUAUGUCGAAAGAAACGCCAUUGAAAGUUUCAAUCAGGACUUCUGAAUAACGACAAGAGGUAGAAAAGCAAGCACGGAAAAUGUAAAUGACCACUGUCGUUUGUGUAUUAAGUGUGCUUUGAAACUAAAACACGGGGCAAUAGAUUUAUAUUUAAGGCAAGCAAAAGAAUUAAUAUGACAGUGGCAAAACCUUGGCGAUCAAUAAGCCAAUCACGAAUUGUGUUCACUUCAUUUAGGAAUCGAAGUUAGUUCUACCUCAGAACUAUCCGACCGGGUUUGUAAGCUGUGUGGGCGAAAGAUCCGAAACGCAAGCGAACUGAUUGCCACCAUAUCAUUAAAAUCAAAUGAGACAUAAACGUGUUGCCUGUGUAUGUAUCGAACAAAUAGACUGUUGUAUAAAAACGUCGGUUGCCAAUAUAAACUGUCUCGUCUCCAUAACGAAGCCGUGUGUCAAAGAAACUAGCCUUAAAGAGUUCAGAAAGUGAAGCAGCUAACAGGCCAAGGUGUAGUAGUCCUGUUAAACCCGUUGCAAUAGACUCUACGGCGGUCUGUAUUUAUUCUUGUUUAUAUAUAUUUUCUUGCGCGAAGAACAAUCAAGCUUUUCCCAUAACCUGUAGGUAGAACGGCCAAAAAAUUCUUUACAAGGAGUAAAUCUUUAACUGCUAUCUCUUGCUCGCGUUUGAGAUUUGACAAUCAGUUUAGUCGCGUUUCGACUUUCGAGAAGCGUUCAUAUAGUGCCGUGACAUAUUAAAAGCGUAUUCACUUUUGAGUGACAGCGGCUCAGACUUGCAGCCAAUCAUCAAUUCCCAUCCACUGGUGGAUGGGGAAUUCGAUUACACUCAGUCUGCCAAACCCAGCAGGCGGUAUUUCCAUAGAAAUAUUAGACCUAGAAUGCGUGCUUGGUCACGUGACCGGUGUCCAAAUUGAAAACAAAAAUGCCCUUAUAAAUCCGCCAUGUUGAAUUUGAGCAGGAGUGCAAACUACAAAGUAUAAACAAAGCUAAAACUAUAAAGUUUUCAACAUCAAAACGUUUUGUAUUUGUAGUUUGGGGAUAUAAUUUGAAAUAGUAAGUUCCUUAAAGGCUCAAAGCAAAUGUGCCGUUACAAAACGGCCAUGAAAAUCGUGCAGCUUGUAUAAAAAACAAAUAGUUUUUUGUGUAGUUUCGCGUAUAAAAUAUAAUUUACUCAUAAAACAUUUUUGCUUGCUCUGAACGUAUAAACUGUUUUGCUAAUACUUUAUGAAAUUACGAAAUGAUAGUUCAUUCUUCGUCUGGUUUCAUUUUUCUUCAAUCUAAACAAAGUGUUUUCAUGUUUUUGAAACAAAAAUAUUUUGUUGUCGAUAUUAAAACUGUAAAUCGCCUAAAUGGUCGUCAAAAACAUAGUUUCAAAAGCGUUGCCUCAAGCUCAAGCAACGUAUAAAAAAAUAUAAAAAGUAGUUGUGUAAGUUUAAAAAGAUUAUUCAACACCAUUUAUAUUAUAAAACAGUUGAAAUAUAUUUUUUAAAACAUACCUAUUGAGUUUGAGUUUGUCUUGAUUUUUCGUGUUUUGUUUUGGCUUGCUCAACAACGUUGAAAAUGUAUUUUCAAACGACGAUUUCUGUAUAUAUUCUGUUCAGAACUCUAGCUUUUCGUAAAAAAAACCACGGGAAUGGGUUUUUCUCCAUUAAAAACACUUUUUUUCCACUUCAAGUUUCGAUAUAAUUGUUUUUGCAAACUUUGUUGAAAAAAACAAUUCGCACUCCCGGCAACCGCGCGAAAUUCCUUGCCGCAGGAGUCUGGGACUAGCCAAAAUGCCCUUAUAAAUCCGCCAUUUUGUGGAGACAAAAUUUUUACUGAGAAGAGAUAGGAGCACGCAUUCUAUGUCUAAUAUUUCUAUGGGUAUUUCCCAGGCUUGCCCGAUUUUAGGGACCGCCUGCCAUGCAGGCUACAAUGGCACUCGAUGUCUGAUAGUAAUAUAAAAAAAAAUCCUAUUGAGAGUAACAUUGACAAUGAAAAAUUGAAAAAUACGAAAAAUCGUAAAUAUAAAAUAAUCGUAAAUCGAAUACGAAAAAUCGUAAAAAAUCGUUAAAAAUAUACAUUUAUUCGAUUCCGUCAAAUAAUUGCUAAAUGAUUGCUACAAUAUUGUCUUAAAUUGACUUAUUGAGAAAUUUACCUCUAGUACCUCUACCACAAGGUGUAUUUCUCUUUAUGUGUUAGUUGGAUGUGAUUUGAGCACGAUUUCUUUUAAUAUCCCCAGUCAUAAUACACAGAGUGUCUCAAAGUGCACAGGUAAUUAAAGGUAAAUUAAUUUUAUUUCUCAGUGGAAGACAAUAUUCUGGCAAUUAUUUGACAAAAUCGAAUAAAUAUAUAUUUUUAACAACUUAUUCUAUAAAUAGCCUCAACUUGAGUCUGUUGAUGUUUCUGAUUUUGAAUUAGUGACCGCCCCUAAAUGUCAAAAACAAAUAUGCUCUCAAACUUUUUGCUUGAGGUAUCUGGUGUCUCCACGCACCCAUGUAUUAUUCUCUAUAUAAACUAACCUUGUCAUCGAUAACUGCCAAUUCAUACGGCACAGUCCUGUCAAUUUUCAAAACACGAAACUUUGUUUGCGAAGUAUUCGAGCCCACCAGGUAAUAACGCUAAACAAUAUAUUAAAAGUCACAAUUUAUACUACACUAUCAAGUCUAUCAGCUUGCUUUGUAAUAUCAGUAUUAUAUUUAAUACAUACCGCCUUCGUUUCGUAAAGAACGAUUUUCUGAAUGCAGCCAAUGGGCAAAAUUCUUGUGGCCAUCUUUGAUCAGUGUUUUGCAGAUAACCGGAAGUAAAUAUCCUGGGGGGUUCCUGCGUGUCAGAUUUAGCCUGCACUCAGGCGGUGCUGGUAAAACUCGCCUGGCACCAAGAAACCUCUAAACCCAAGGGUACACCGUCUAUUUUGACACUUCGCGCCUCUUCUAAUCCUUUGUAAACAGCGGCAACUUUCUCACAAUAAGCACUCGGUUUUGUAGUGAAAAUUUCGAGUUUAAAUUUUAUACAUUUAUUAGGCAACUCCAAAUUAGACUUUAGUUUCCCAUCAUCCGCCCGCGUCUCCUAGAACUGGCCGCAUGAUUUGUCCAUUAUUGCCAACUUGUUUCCACUAUUUGACAUUUGUAACUAAGAAUAACGAAAAUCCACAGUUUUCAAAUGAUCUAUCGUUCAAAAAAUACGUACAAGAAGUAAAAAUCGAAAUAAAAUUAUUGAAACUUUUGUCAAAGAGCGUGAAUUUUUUCCCAUUUGCUGAGCUAGACACUAAUUCCGUUACAAGUUUAGAUUUUCGUCUUUCGAACGUAAAAGAUGAUAAGAUUAAUAUAUUAGCUUUCAUUUCUGCAUAUAUACAAAAAACUAAAACAUUGCGUAGAAACAUGGCUGAAUGGAUAUUUAAAACGCUUAUCUAUUUCAUGAAAUAAUGGGUCUUCAGUUUCAUCUUUCAGACACCAUAAUGGAUAACAGAAAUGACCUCCCACCCGCGUGUAAUUUGAAAUAAGGGCCGGAAGGGAAACUAAAGUCUAAUUUGGAGUGACCUUAGACCUAACCAGGAGCAGUUGCGAAACAUGCAACUACAGGCCCUCUCUGGCAGCUGCAGAUCUUUAGCUCAGUUAGAUAGAGCCGCUUCGAAAUAGCCGUAUAUAUUCAUAUUGUCUGUAUUUUAGUGUUGAACAUUUCUACUAAAAUAGUGUAUGUUAUAUCUGCUAACUGAUGUAUCACAAGAUGUCGUUUAAGCUCCCUACCUUCUCUGUCUAAAGCGAAGGCCUUUCCUAUUAAGAUUUCGAUCUUGAUUCAGAUUUCGAUCAAGAUUUCGAUCAAGAUUUCGAAAGGAAAGAUCAAAAUUUCCGCCACUGGAGUCUGGAGGUGAGGUUAGAUGUACCUGAAUUUAUCCAACUUAAUUUAACGUUUUUACCUGAUUUUGCGACGCAUGCAUGCCGAGAACAUUUCAAUCGCUAAUUAAUAUUUUUUCCCAAAAUUGUUGGCGACAUACCAACAAUUUUCCGGACAUCAUAUAAUUUUAAUUUUCCGAAAUUACAAAAUUAUUUUCGGUCCCGAUUGACCCGAUAGCGGAGACAAACAAGUCAGCAACCUGCAGGAUUUUCUUGGGUACGUGGGCGAGGAUGACGUGGCUGAUGCAUUCCCACCAUUCUUAUACCAAAAAAUUGCCUUUGAUGUAAUUUAUGGCUUACAGUAUUUGCACGAGUCAAAGGUUUAGCAUAGAGAUCUGAAGACAUCAAACUCGGUUUUGGUGUCUGACAUGCAUUACAGUGACAAAAACUUUUAACUUUAAGUCUUAAAAGCAGUUACACUAUUUUUGCUUUUUGUAACCUCGAGCCUGUUGUGCGCAAAUUAACUGACUUUGACGAAAGCAGGUCGCAUAGCAUGUUGUUAAAUAGCGUUAUGACUGAAGCAUAAAUCACUGUAGGACUGAAAGUUCUCAAAAUAGCCGGUGCGAGGCGAACGAAAGGCCGGUAGCAUGUAAAUCACUGUAGGAAAAGUUCCGUGUACGUACAUGCGUACAACGCACCAUAAUGCAUUGCGCUUGAGCUCGAUGCCGGAGCCACCAAACUGUGGGGCUCGUAAGCCUUUUUUCUCAUGGGCUAUGCACAGAGAAGCAGAACAUCCUUCUUCAACACAUGUCCUGGAGCCUCGUUUUCGUGUUAAAGCUUAUUUCCACAUUUAUUGAUCAAAAUCCAAAAAUUUUUUUCGCGCAUGUGUUGAAGAAGGAUGUUCUGCUUCUCUGUGCAUAGCCCAUGAGAAAAAAACUUGAAAUCCUUUCCAUUUAAGGUGGUUCUAAGUUGAAAACAGUGUUGUUGUGACGUAAUUAUCGAAAGGGUGUAUUAAAGUAUUUCUUUUCCCGAAAUUGUUCUAGCCGGGGGGGGGGGCUGAACAUAAAAAAUGCAUAUUUCUGGACAUUAUAUUUUCUCUUUGGUUAAUGUGUCGUUAUUCGUUCAACUUUCCUUAAUGUUUUCGUACAUUUCCCCAAAUCUAUCGGACCGGCCUAUUACCUAAUGAACAAAAUUUUGAUGUAGACAAGUCUAGAAAGAGGGUCCUGAAGGGGGGGGGUCCCAAUCCCAUUUCCCACCUGAAAUUUUGGCAAAAUCCCAGUCCCAGUUGGAUUUUUAUUAGAAAUCCCAGUCCGAGUUAUUGAAAUCCCUGUCAAUAAAAAAGUUAUUUAUCGGUAGAAUAAACAGUUUUAUUAUAUGGCUUUUCAAAAUUCUCUAUUCUGAUUGGUUGACAAGCGGUCCGUAAAAACCCACAUCCGGACAGUGGUCCGUAUUUUCCGUAUCUGGAUCGGUGUCCCGGAUGUUGUUUAUCUGGCGGAAAAUUUUUGCUUUGCAAACAGAAAAAAUUUUUGCUUUUUAAUUUUCCAAUUGUGUGUCAUUAAAAUUUACAGAUAAAAAUUUCAAACAACCAAAUUGUUUUUGAUUGAGCAUACAUGCCUAACGUAUAUUGUUACCCAGUGAAACUGACGAUAGCCGAUUUAAUUCGCGCGAAAAGCAUAUGCUCACAGCCCCUCAUAGACUCAGUUCAGCCAUAUAAUAAACCGAUUAUUGACCUCGCUUGUUCGGUCUGUACUAUGAAAUAUCAGACCUCUGUUUUUUGCAUGGACCUCGCUCCUGAAAAAAACCUCGGUCUGAUAUAUUUCACAGUACAGACCUCACGCUCGGUCAAUAAGCCGUUAUUAAGACCUUUUAAGCCACCGUGUGUGCGCACCACUGAAUUAAGCCCGUUACUGCAUGUCGAGGACAUGGGAUUUACUUCGGACCACUUCGGUUAAUUAAGUAACUUGUUUCCGAUAUGUCCGACAUGACGGUACUUUUUGUUGUGCUUUGCCUUUGAGGUAUAUACUAGGGGUUAAAUGAAGUAUAUACCGGAAACCAGGCAUAUAUUCCGCUGUGCAUCUGACUUGGGGACACGCAUCAUAUGACACGCAUAAUCAGAAAACCCAGAAUUCCGGACGCCAGAAUAUGCCUGUUCGCAGGUAGUGCUGUGAAUAAUAUAGUUAACAACAAAAAUCAUGACCAAAGACACCAAAAACGGAUCAAAAUUGUAUUUUAAAAUACUAAAACGUGGAAAAAUGGCCAGUUCCCAUUUUACCCCUUCAGGACUUGAAAGAGCAUCACAAAGUUAGUAAUAUUCUGAAGUUUCGUUGCGAAAUGUUGUAAAAUGCGGAUAAUAUAUAUAGCCCUGCGAAGUUUACCGUUUUUCAGUCAUUUUGUAUUACGCGCGGGAAAUUGAUACCUUUUUUUCAGAAAGCGGUAUCAAUUUCCCGUGCGUAAUAUUACGGGAAAUUGAUACCGCUUUCUGAAAAAAGGUAUCAAUUUCCCGCGCGUAGUACAAAAUGACUGAAAAACGGCAAACUUCGCAGGGCUAUAUUAUCCACAUUUUACGACAUUUCGCAACGAAACUUCGGAAUGUUAUUAAUUUUGUGAUGCUCUUUCAAACUGUGCUGAAUUUUUUGUCUAUAUAGACUUGUCUGGAUCAAAAUUUUGUUCAUUAGGUAAUGCCGACUACCUUGCGCCUUGCGCGGGCCACUAGAGCCUGGGCCCUGGGCUUCCUGUGAUAAAAUCUGAUGAUUCAUUGUUGUUCCGCUUGUUCGAUUAUUGCUGUCUUGACUCUUGAGAAAAUAACUUCUUAGUUCUUUGAAAGUGUGUAUUUUUUUCUCACCGACGAUGUCGGCCAGUCCGAUUUAGUCGUUGGAGUCUACUUCUUGUCUGGCACAGGACCAAAACAUAUUCUAAAAUUGAUAGCGGCUGACAUCGUGCGAGUUUAAAGAAUGACUUCCAGUCGACUCACAUUCGCUCUUUCGGUAACGUUACUUCAAUGUUUUGGAAUUGCCAUAUUGGUGAUGGUUGGUGUCUGGACGGGACAUUACCUUGAUGGCUUUGCUUGGGAUGGCUCAGGAAAAGAAUUUAACUAUCAUCCAGUAUUUAUGAUAGUGUCUAUGAUCUUUCUAAACAGCCAAGGUAAUAUAUUUAAUAAUAUGCAUGGAUCAAUUCUUCUUGUAAUCAUGCUAACUACAAAUUCCCAAACUCUGAAACUUCAAGAAUUCACCACCCCCCCCCAGCAUUACUGAAAGUUAAUGGGGCCCCAUUGUACCCUAAUGCCUCCCUCCCUCUGUUAUUUUGUGCUCAAUGGGUUAAUCAGACUAUCUGCCCAUGUGUCAACAGUGUUGGGUUUAUGGCAGUUGCCAUUCCUUAUAAUAUAAUAAUUCAACUUCACAUAAGUUUUAUACAGUUUUAUUUUACACGACAAAAACUGUUAGUUGUCAAUAUUAAACAGUUUUACAGUGAUUUUAUAUGCACUAUUUAAAUAGAUAACGUUUUACUGUGAUUGGUUAGUUUAUCACCAAAUACGGUAAUGAGUCUCUGCUCCCCAUUUAUAUGUAACUCAAUUUAUCAUUACAACUAACAAUUGGGGGGUUACAUGUUACAUGUUCUAAGCUGAAACUGACAAAGUACGAGACGACCUGAGGAAAACGACGAUAUACUGGAGGAACUUGAUUUGUAAAAGCAGUUGUAGAUUUGGUUCCAAGUAGAAUGGAUUUAGUUUAGAUUUUUAACUGUUAAAUACAUGUAUGCAUUAUCAUAGCAUAAAUAUUUAUCUCGUAUAAAAAAGCAACGUAAUUUUGAGAAUGCGGAAAUGGUCUCAUAUAGAACCUAGAAUUAUUUAAAUGCAACAUUUCUGAUCAAAGUCACAUUGGGAUUUUCUCCCUCAGCAUCCAGAGGGGAAAUAAGGUGACACUGACCCUUCCUCCUGUUUUUCAAGGUGACUUUUCCAACUUAUUUAAUCCCGAGGAGAAAUGUCUGGGAAAAUUCAUGUCUUUGAUGUACUUUAUAAUCUUCAGAAUUGUGCAAGAUUUCAGUAUUUCAUGCCAAAAAUGCUUGAAAUCACAUUUCAGGGACUCUAGAUUUCAAAAUUUUCCCAGCGGUGCAUGCUCCAGGACCCCCAGUCUCAUGCCUUCAGCGUUUGUUUCGCCCCUCCCCCCCCCCCAAAAAAAAAUGAAGGUCUGGCUAUGCCACUGACUAUCUUUUAUAAUAACAUGAAUAACAGACUAUUAAUCAAUUACAUAAUGCAUAAGAGCACAUUACUUAACACCCCCACUUGCUCACAUGUCCUAUAAAUAUGUCAAACCUAUACUUUGUCAUGUCUAAUUAAAAAUGAAAAAUUUGAAUAUAUUAUCCUCGCUUUGAUAUUAUCCUUUGGUGAAUAUUAUCCUCGUCGACAUACUUGACUUUAUUGUACCUAGCUCCAGUCUGCUCCUAAUAUUAAAGUAGUACUUGAUAUCUACUGUAUAUGCUUGGAUCUCUUAUGGAACAUCUAGGGUUCUUUGCUAGCAUUAUCGCGCCUUGGUUAUCCACAUUUACAGUACAAGUACACUAUUACUUACAAGUACCUGAAGUUACCUUUAGGUCUAAGCAUAACUGCCUCAAAAAUUUUCCUUCCCGCACAGUUUCGGCAAGAGCAAUAUACUCUCAGUCUGCAUCACACAUAGACAAACAGGAUUCCCAAUAGAAGCCGGCACCCGGCCAUUUUCUCCAUCUAUAGCCUAGACAAUUGCCUGUUAUUUCUCCAAAUUACAAACCAAAAUGUUUCCUCCUCAUUGCAGAAAUGUUAAGGGAAAGGUUUCUUGCUUUUCUAACAUAAAUUUUACACAAUAGUCUUUGUUAAAUAUUCGGAUAAAACGACAAAACCGGUAAGAGGUAAACCUUAAGGCCCAUUUCCACUCAGGAAAAUUUUUGGCAGAAAGAAAAUUUUGUAAAAUGUGAUUGGCCGCAGAAACAAUUAAGUUUUGAAGUUGAAAAUUUUUAACUUUUAACAAUGAUAUUUUCGGAAAAUUUUCUGUCCGUGCAAAUUUUUCUUGACUGGAAAUGGGCCUUUGCAAAAUGCCUGGAAAUGCCUUUUCAGAGGGUUUAAAUUUCAGAAUUUUCACAAAGAAAUGCCCUCGGAUCCCCUCCCCCAAGCAAAUGGUACCUUCGGCACCACUUUGCUGCCUACUCCUUUCAAAAUGCCUCCUACUCCAAAUUCUAUUGGAAACCCUGAGACAAAGCUAUGGUUUGUUGUUUCCUACUCUUCCAUGAUACCAAUAGCCUGUGCACAGAGUAAUACAGGCUAUGAUACCAACGGAUCCUUCAUUUUAACCGAUUACUCAAAUGAUCCUUUAGCUAUUUCUUUAGCUUACAGACAAGCUUUUCACCAUUUUCUCCUUCCUUUUCAUAUAAACCCUUCAGUUGUUCAACAAAAAUAUCACAAUCAAUAAACCUUUCCCCUUUUGAGUGAAAUUUUGAUCUAGACAAGUCUGGACAAAAAUUUCAUCACAGCUUGAACGAGCAUCACAGAAUUAGUAAUAUUCCGAAGUUUCGUUGCGAAAUGUUGUAAAAUGCGGAUAAUAUAGCCUUGCGAAGUUUGCCGUUUUUCAGUCAUUUUGUAUUACAAAUGGGAAAUUGAUAAUCAGUUUGAUCAUCUGAUUAUCAAUUUCCCGUUUGUAAUGCAAAAUGACUGAAAAACGGCAAACUUAGCAAGGCUAUAUUAUCCGCAUUUUACAACAUUUCGCAACGAAACUUCGGAAUAUUACUAAUUUUGUGAUGCUCUUUCAAGCUGUGAUGAAAUUUUUGUCCAGGCGUAUCUAGAUCAAAAUUUCACUCAUAGGGGAAAGGUCUAUUGCAAUAGGUGCAUUCAAAUAUGCCAUUUUGACAUCCUUGAUCCAUCUGAUGCACAAGCAUAUUAUUUUGUACUGCAUGUUGCAUCAACACACAAACUGAACUCACUUGGGCUGUAGGGACAAACGCCUCGUGAUAGUCUACGCCAGAGAUUUGGGAGUAACUUUUGGCUACAUACCUAGCCUUAUAGGUUUCCUCAUUGUUGGGACCAGUCUUAACUGUGUAGACCCAUGCCCCCCACUAUCACACGGUCCUGUGAGAGUGGGACACAUGUAAAAGUUUCAUUACCUACUAACAGGCGCCCUGCCUACUAAUGAGUCUACCUCAGGCUCAUCUAUAGCUCUUUUCCAAUUUGUUGCCUCUGGGGAACUCACUGCUUCUGAAUAGGAGAUCGGAACAUCACUCAUUCUAAAACAAUAAUCUACAGAAUGGUUUAUAGUAUUGUCAACAACACUUUCAACAACAUACUCACUUAGAUAAGAAGGUUUGUUUCGAGCUCUAGUUGGGUACCUUGAAAAGGCAUCGUUCUCUGCUUCAUUCACUUUGGAGCCGGGCUCUUUUUGUUAUAUCCCACAAAAAUUCCUUCUUUACUCCUGGGUUCCAGCUUUUUAGCAUUCUGCACAUAAGCAUAGCAUACCACACCAAAAACAUACAUGUUACUUAAAUUGGGCUUUAAACCAGUUAGAGCUUCGUAAGGGGUCUUACCCAGCCUGUCGUUAAAGCAUUGAUUCCUUAUGUAUGCUGAUGCCAUUACAGCAUACAUCCACAUCAUUUUAGGCAAAUUAGCUUCCAGCAACAAGCAUUUUGCAUAUUGAAUAGGCUUAGCCAAGCUCUCUCGGCAUUCCCAUUUUACAAAUUCUCCACCAUUAUCACUUCUGAUACACUUUAUCAUACCAAUGGGAGGAGCAAUAUCCGCUAAGAAUUGCUUUGUUACUUCAGUGUAUCAGAUUUUUGUUUGAGAAAAUAUAUCAUGAUUAUACCAGCGUAAUCAUCAACGAAAAAUAAGGCAUAAUUAAAACCAUCUUUACCUACUGGAUUGACAGAUCCAGCAAGGUCAGAUUGCGCCAAUUCUAAUGGGGCUUUUGCCCUUCUGUCAACUGUGUCAUCUUACCUUGUGUGCAUAUCUUUUCAAUCUCAUCGUAACUUGAGAUUUUCAUUCUCUUUACAACGCUUUCUAGUUUACGUAUAUCCCCUUAGUAAGUUACAAUGUCCUAGGAUCCUGUGCCACUCUGUAUAAAGAGUACACGCACUAUUUCUCGAAGAUGAAAUCUAUUCAAAUAAAACAAACGACCAACUUGCUCUAUAUUAAAAACAGUGCCAUCUGAGUUUCUAAACUGCUUAGCAUGCCUAUCAAGACUUAUACUGCCGCUCUCCUCCACUGCUGCCUUUAAUACGGAAGAGAUAACCUGUUUAGAUGGUACAUACAGCGCGUUUUUUAAGAUUAUGUCAUGUGAUCUUCCGUUGACGUCAUAAAGCUUAACCUUUGCUAGUAAAUUGAUAAUGGCGCCUCAAUACUUCUAGCGCUCUUUCUCCGUCGUCGUUUAAUCGUAUUUUAAUACAAGGGAUAGACUUCGCUCGUCUACACACGCAAAAAUCUCGCAUCUUGUAACAAGUCUGCCAACAAGCCGUCAACAAGAUGUAUUCGCACUGCUUGUCACAAGUUGUCAACAGGUUUGGAACAACUUGUAACAACCUUGUCAAAAUUAUCAAACUUGUUGCAAGGUUGUUUUGACAAGUCCGUUACAUGCUUGAUAUAACAAGAUUGUUACAACCUUGUGUUGACAACGUUGUAACAUCCUUGUUAUAUCAUGGCUGUAACAAACUUGUUAGCACAGUCUUGUAACAAGUCUGAUAAUGCCAUCAAGCUUGUUACAAGUUGUUAACAGCUUGUUCCAAACUUGUUACAACAAACUGGGAACAAGCAGUGCGAACACAACUUGUUGAAAGCUUGUGAACAGAUUUGUAACGACUUUUUUGCAGACUUGUUACAAGCUGUGCGUUUUUACGUGUGUAGGCAUUGAACCAACUCCGCGAAAGCAUCCGCUUUCUUCGGCGCUUCGUGUUGUUUAUCACCCGGCACAAAUACCUCGUAUAAUUUUUGCAGUCUCAUCUGCGCUAGAAACUUAACUUCCCACAGCUCGUAUUUGCUCUCAUCGCCGUUAAUUAAAUAAUAUUCCCCUUCUGGGCCCAUAAUCUGUUGGGUUUACGGCAGUUGCCAUUCUUCAUAAUAUAAUAAUUCAACUUCACAUAAGUUUUAUACAGUUUUAUUUCACACGACAGACAGAAUACUGUACAACUAACAGUUUUACAGUGAUUUAUACACUAUUUAACAUUCAAAUAUGAAAAUAAUAAAAAUAAUAAUAAUAUUAAAGAUUGAUUAAAGAAGAUUAAAGAUUUAUACACUAUUUACAUAGAUAGCGUUUUACUGUGAUUGGUCAGUUUAUCACCAAAUAUGGUAAUGAGUCUCUGCUCCCUAUUAUAUGUAACUCGAUAUUAUUACAACUUUUACAACUAACAAACAACAAUAGUAUCUUUUUUAAUAACAUGAACAAUUAUUAAUCAAUAGACCUUAUGCAUAAUGACGUCACAAGGCUUGAUGCCCGCGAGGAAUGCUGGUCUUAGUAGUCAUCGCCCGGGAAAAUUUCGAUAGUGGCCAUUUUGAAUUGUUUAAUUUUCCCGGGCGAUGACUAUUAAGACCAGCAUUCCUCGCGGGCAUCAAACCUUGUGACGUCAUUUUGCAUAAGGUCUAUUACGUAAUGAUAAAUGUGUAAUAAUAAUAAUGGUGUAAUCAUUGAUGAAGACUUAACUUUCAAAGAGCAUAUAACCAAACUUAGUAAAAACCUUAGUAAAAAAAUCGGCCUGCUGAGAAAGAUACGAAGAUACUUAUCACUACUUGUGAGAAAGCUAUUUUACAACGCUGUCGUCAAGCCAGUUAUAAUGUACGGUAGUUCUAUUUGGAGUUGCUGCUCGCUAAAUGAUCUGCUUAGAAUUUUUAAUUAAAUUACAAAAAAGAGCAGCUCGGGUAAUUUUAGGAACUGACACUUCCUCCAGGUCAAUGGCCAAUUUUAAUAAACUGAACUGGAUACCUUUUUAUGACGAAGUUAAAAUUAACAAAUGUAGCUAGCUACUCUAGUUUACAAGAGCCUGCAUGAUCAAGCUCCGCAGUAUAUUAAGAACUUAUUUAAAACAAACAAUGAAAUUAAUGGUAGACAAACUCGUCAUGGCGAAUAUAAUUUAGUUUGUCCUAAAUUUAAUUAUGCAACUGAGGGAGGAAAAUCUGUAACGGUCAGUAGCAUUAAAAUAUGGAACAAUCUCCCGAAGGAUAUUAAGACAAAAUGUAGUGUUAAUUCCUUUAAGUUUGGCAGUACUUGAGUACUGCCGAAAUAACACUGCAUUCAUGUUCUAUUUUUGUUCCGAACGAGUUAUAAACAUGUUCCGGAACGCUUUAUCGCACUAAUUCUCAAUGCUUUAAUUUCCUCUUAAAAAAGCAUAUUAAUUAACUCUUAUAUGUUGUUAUCUUAACUCCUCUUGAUCGGAAAGACUCCGAUAAUUUGCUUUCUGCAUACUGUGAAAGUUUCGCUAUGUUCCCCGACUAUUUGUGGUUUUGUGAUUACGAUAAUUUCCGUUGGUGAUUUCAACACAAAUAUAACUGGAACACGUUCUGGAACGUGAACACAUUCAGGAAAGCGUUUAAGUUGAAUUGCGCCCACGGUCUCAUUGGUGUUCAAUGGGAUAAUCUGCUCACGUGUCCAGUUAACUCAUAAAGUCGCAUUGCAUCCCAAUGUGCCCAACUUUAUAUUUUACUCUGUCUAACGCCAGACGAUUUUAUUCAACAAGAGAGUAUAUGCUUGUCAGUGUUCAAUGGGUUAAACCCAGUGGCGUGGUGGCUCGAAAAUUUCAAGGGGGGCCAGUAUUAGAUCCGUCUCCCGUAAGGCUAAGAGUUAUCUCGAUUCUUGCGCCCCUAAAAUUAGUGCGAUUGUACACAUCGAGUGUCGUAGGCACGAGGGACCUAGAAGGAUCUGUGGGCAUGCUCUUCCAGAAUUUUUUUAAAUCUAGGUCUUUUCCAGCAUUCUGAGAACACAUUUUGUGCAACAGUUUACUACCAAGUACCAGUCUAAAACAACGUUAGUCAGGUGUUGUUGUAGCAUAUUAUAAACGAAUAUAAUAUACUAUAAUGCAAUUUUUACUAUCAUAUGCCGAUAAUGAGACAACGUAAUUUUGUUCCAGGUCAAUGUCAAUAACGUAUAGACUACAUAUAAGCUAUAGUUUAUGCAAAUUGAGCAUAGUAUCACAUGUAAGUUUUAAAAGACAACCAAAUGCAAGUCAAAGUAGAGCUUUUGACAGUUCGGGAGAAAGCCCUGCAUACAAGUUGAUGAGACGUUCUUUAUCGCAUUUUAAGAAAGCUACGAAAAGAAGAAAUAGAUUGUGUCUAAUGUAACAUCAAAAGUCUGGAAUAUUCUGACGUGUUGGGUCUCAACGUCACAAUUUUAAUAAUCACAAAAUAGAUCAACUUUAAUAAUCCGCCGUGCGAGGGUACUAAUCCCCCCCGGCUAUUUACACCCGGGGAAACGAAAGCAUUAGCCAAGUCUAAAGUUCAUCAAUUAUCGCGGGCGUGGGUGACCAACGAUGGGUGGUCAUCCCAGUGAACUCUAAUAAUAACUGGAAGGCUAACUCCUAUGAUGAAAGUCUAUGAUUCGUUGAAGCCGGCGCGCGGGAAAAUCAGCUUUCAAAAGGACUAAGGAGAGUUUCGAGGAGUGAAAAAAAUUCUGUCAAAAGUUUGUUUUCGAGCAAAAAUUUGCAAGAAAAACACUUUUCCCAUGGGAAUACAACAAUGACUUGGGAUUUAAACCAAGUUUCCGAUUAGUUCCGACUGUUUUACAUCUCUCUGCAGCAAAAAGUAAGGAAUUUUGCUUUUGUAUUUUGAAAAAAUGACGAAAGUUUGGAUGUGCCGAAGGAAAUCUCGCCGUUCAACUCAAAAAUAUAUACUAUAAAACAUUUUGACAGUCCCAAAACUUAUGUUGUACUAAACCCCAGGUAUUGUUAUUGAUCCUGAGCUUUUAGUCCUUGUUUUAGUCGCUCUUAAACAUAAAUAAAUUGGCGUUUUUCAAGUGAUGUUAUUUUCGUCAUCGGCAUCUUGUUGGCCACUAUGAGCACUUUGAAUAUGGCAAUAUUUUUGUCAAUUUUCAAAUGCUUUUUUUUCGACCUUAAAACGUUCAAUUUUCUUGAAACUUCGCAUACAGAUGUAUUUUGCAUGGGUAUAAAAAAUUCCUGAGGUAUGACGUCUUAGUUUUAUCUUAAACUUCCAAAAACUCAGAAAAAGCAGCCUAAAACGCGCGGUUUUUCUGACCGUCCAUGCUUAUGGCCGUGUUUUUUCGUAUUUUUUUGCUAAUACGUGAUUUGUUUGCUUUGCGAAUAUUAAAUUCAUUUAUAAUACUACUGAUAUAAAUUAAAUUUGGUAGUAUUACUAAUAUUUUGGGGCAAGAUUUUUCUGAUCAAAAAAUGUGCAUAUUUUGAAAAAAAAAUGUAAAAAGGACUGGGUCUACCUACAAAAAAAGCUUCAAGCACGGCUUCAACUUCCCCCCCUGACUUAGCCUUCCAGUUAUUAUUAGAGUUCACUGGGUCAUCCUCACUGAUCUCAAAAAUAUGGCGGACUGUCAUGAAUAGCGGACACUGAUUGGUCCAAUUUAAAGUUUGCAUUAUAACGACUGCAUGACGACAGCGAAAUAGCAAACAUUUCUUGAUUUGAUCACAGAAUAGGAAGUUACAGCAGAAGUGUAACUCAAGCAAGUAUUUGUCCGCGUUUUUACAAGCGAUUCGUCAUCAAUCACGCCAUCCUGGCUAGUACAACCGGCACUUUGCACCUACCAAAACCUGAUAAAAACUUCCGGUUGUACUAGCCAGGAUGGCGUGAGCGAGUUAAAAUUUUCGUGGACGUAAUUACGUCUGCUGUACCACAGAGUAGAGACAUGCAGAGACGUAACUAGUGUACCCACUUUUCUUGUGCGCAUGUUCGGCAAGUUACUAGAUGCAUGCAUCUGAUUGGAUGACGACCUGAUGACGACUUACUUUAAACUUGCUGAGCACGCGCAGUUGAUCAUUUUUGCCCGGUCGCCUGAAAAAAAGUGGGUACAUGAAAACGUAAGCUUCCGCAGUGUUUACAACGGUCAGUUACGUCUCUGUAUGUCUCUACUCUGUGGCUGUACCUUUCGUAUUCUUGUGAUUUGAUGAUUGAUAAAUUUUUUGCAAAUAUAUUUCACUUUUGCUCGCAUUUUUGCAAGAUUUUGUAAAUUUCAAAAGCUUUCUCAUAAAGAAAGGGCGAAAGAAUCGGCUAAAAGAAGGGAGCCGACGUUAACGAAGGUAAGUUUGUUUUAAAUAUUGAUUUUAUAAUGGAUUUAAAACCCGACGGCCUUUGUGGGCUUUGCGUAUAUGAAACAACUAAACAAGACAGCAUAUAAUUUCAGUGUAUCUUUAAUAUUGAUUCCCUUUUUUAUUAUAUUGAAUUUUUUAAAUAAAAAAGAAAGUAAAGUUAUUUGUAUGCGAGAAUUUGAAAUCAUUUUAUUGCAAACUCAAAGACAAAGUUUAUAGAUAAAGCCAUUUAAUUAAAGGCAGUUUAGUUUUAUAAAGAACACUUUAAAACGUUUUGCGGAGCAUUUGUGGUUGAAUUUUACCUUAAAUUGAAGCUUAUAUUACGUAUAAUAACAUACCUAACAUAUAUAUGUUGGGAAAUUGAUAAUUUUGUAAUUAAUUAAAAGUGAUAUUUUUAGGCGAUUUUUCAUUUAUAAUUAUAAGAAUAUUCUUAAAAAAUUAUCGUGUUACCAUGACAACUACUUUAGAUAUUUCAUGUUCGGAAAAUACAAUGGUUUUGUCAGCAAGGCGAGGGUUUCUGCAUGCAUGUAUUUUCUAGUCAUAAAAUAGAUCAUACUAAUCCAGGCCCAGGCAUUUCGGUGCCCCUCUUGAAACCAUCGCUGGGGGCAUGGCCACCACGCCACUGGACUUAAACCUAUAGCUGUGUGACCUAAUCUACAACUUAUUUUUAUACAAAUUUAACUGCUUUGAGUUUGCCCCAUGUGAGGUAUAUCUUGUGUAAUGACUGUAAUUGCAGCUACAGUAUAAAACAUGUAAUUGAUUUUAUCUCCUAUAUUGGCUAUAAACAUGUUUUUUGUGUUGUUUUUUAGCAAUGAUAGCUUAUCGAGUGUUCAGCAACGACAGUAAAGCGAAAGUUAAAUUGCUGCACAUGUUUAUCCAGGCGAUUGCAUUUGCUUUUGGUGUUCUUGGUUUGAAAGCAGUUUUUGAUUUUCACAAUGACAACAAUAUUACCAACCUGUACUCUUUGCAUUCUUGGAUUGGAAUGACAACUUUUGUUUUAUUUUCCUGUCAGGUAUAUCACUUUUUCAAUAUUCACAUUAUUCAGUAAUUUUAGUUCAAUCUUAUUUCUCUUAUUUAAACAUAUUCAUAUUGAAGGUUAUGCAGUGUCGAUACUGACUGCAUGAUAAGUACACCAUAAUAAGUAAAUUAACAGGCUAUACUUUUGCGCCAUAAAUUGUGACUUGAAUUUAAUGCAUCUCUGACGUGCAGAGUUAUAGUCCGUAUGGUAGUCUAGUUCUGUUUUAUUGUCACGUUUCGAUUUUUGUGAUAUCAAUGCGCUCGCUCCACAGUCUUUUUAAAAGCAUUGAGAUAAAUAGAGCGUUUGCACAUGACGUCACAGCCGCCAUGUUGGUGUUCCAAUUCAAAAGAAUUUUAAUUAGAUUCUUUUGUCUGGAAUACCAACAUGGCUGCUAUGGCUUUUGUUGAGUUGGUCCCUGGGGAAUGCGUGCAAACGCUCUAUAGGAUCCAUAGGUUGUGACAUGGAUCUUUCUUGUUUGUGUUAGUUAACCUAAUUGCAUUUUACUUAAAUUGACACCUUCAAAUACCUGUACAAAUACUGAAGAUCCAUUAUUAUUGACAAUGACCGCUUUCCCUCAACAGAGUCAGACCAGUCGCAUCUAUCGAACUGUUAAAUCACCUAAAUGGACUACAACAUUUUAGUAUUUUGUUUGAGACUGGUCCAACUGGAAAUUUUUUUAUCCAAUAGGUAGAUGCCGAUUUUGGCCAGGUUGGCCCUAGAUAGUCUAGUACGAUCUACUCUGAAAUUCUUCUCUAACUGAUCUGACCACGUAAAUAGAAGUACCGAAAGCGUUUAUCAAUCCAAGGACCUGUUCAGUCGUAAAUCUUACCUUUUUUAUUACCUUUUAGCUUGUUUGUGGAUUCUUGGGCUUCCUGUAUCCUAAGUUUCCUGAUGCACUCAGAGCAGCAUAUCUACAAGUACAUGUGUUUUUUGGUACAUCCAUAUUCUUAAUGGCAGUUGCAGCCUGUUUGACUGGUAUUACUGAAAAGGCCCUUUGGACAAUCAAGUAAGUACCUCAGGGUAUAGUUUUCAUUGAAAUUUCAUAUCCAUCUUGAACAGCACAUUGCAUUGCAGUGUAGUAAAGUUGAAUACGAUAUAAAACGAACACCACAGUACAGUGCAGUUAAGUUGAAUGCAACAUGGAGAGUUUAUUACAGUACAAAACAUCAAACCACAAUAAAUUACAGUAUAGAGUACAAGUACAGCACAAUACAGAAAGGUACAACACACGAUACGACACAAAUCUGCUGAUAAACAUGCUUGUAGAUAUUUUUAGAUAUUGACAUUACGGAUAGUUAUUAAGACUUAUAUAAGAUAUUGUGAACAAAAGAGCACGCGGGCACUAAGAUCGGGGGCUCAGAAUGAGAUGAGAAAAACAGUGAGAGAGACUUUUAUAAAUUGAAUGUGAGAGGUUUUCAUCAAUUUCACUAAAUAGUUGGACAGUACAGUGGCCCUGUACUGGAUCAAAGGACGUGGCGCAUACAAGCAAUUUGUUUUAAACAGAGUCAAGAAGAUUAACGCCAAGGAAUAUAUCAAUUGGAGACAAGUGUGAACGGAUGAGAACCCAGCCGACCUGGGAAGCUAACAGGACCAGGUUGGCUGUCAAAACCCGAUGAAUGGCCAGCUGACAUACAUAACAAACCUAGCAAAGAGUCUGAAACUGAAGCGAAGCCUACCAAAGCGGAACCGUUGGUAACCGCCGUGUGUGCGACCACGGUUAAUAGAAGGUGCGACGGAUGAGCUGGGCGAGCUAUUAGAGAAUCAGAGCUUUUGGAAGGCAGUGCGUGUCUUCGCGUGGAUUGUCAGAUUUAUAUGUAACUGCAAGUCUUCUAAGGCUGAACGGACAUAUGGGCCUUUAACGACAGCUGAAACGGAAGCAACGGGUUCAGUUCUGGGUGAAAAGAGCGACCGAAGCACAAAGUGAAACGGAACAUUUCAAAGAAGAUAAGUUGAAGCUGAACCUGCAACGAAAUUCUGAUGGCCUAUACGAAUGCCGUGGACGAAUUCAAGGAAACUUCCCGACAUAUCUGCCUCCAAUUGCGCUCAUUACUACAAAAUCAUUCACAACGCCCAUGUUCAAAGCCUUCACGAGGGAGUGGGAUCAACAACCUCGGCUGAGACAGCUAAGCAAGAAAGUCAUAUAAGGAACUGUUAUGGCUGCAAGAAAUUCCAUACUUCCACAUUUCAACACCCUCCUGUCGGCCCCUUACCCACAGAUCGAACAGUCGGAUCAGUGCCAUUCGAAGUCCUGGGCAUAGUUUACGCUUGUCCUAUUACCUAUAGAUCUAGCAAGAAAGAAUUGGCGAGGCGUACAUUCUCUUGUUUGCCUGCAGCCUAACUCGUGCUAUUUAGCAGGAACUUCUUCCGGAUCAGACGGCGGAAGAUUGUAUCCGGAGCCUGAAGCGGUUCGUAGCGAGAAGGGGCAGACCAAAGAAGAUCUAUUCGGAUAACGGAAAAACCUUCAAAGCAGCAGCAAAUUAUAUAAGAAAGGUAAUGAAACAAGAACAGUUUCAAAACUUCCUCGCUCGUCAAAAUUGGCAGUUCAACCUGAGCAGGGUUCCGAGGUGGGGAGGCCAGUUUGAAAGGAUGAUGGGCCUGGUAAAAAGAGCACAAAACAAGAGCAUCGGACGUGCUAAUUUGCGAUGGGGAGAGCUUGAAGAGGUGAUCCUGGAUGUAGAAAUAGCGGUUAACAAUCGGCCUUUGGGCUAUGUCAAGGACGAUGUUCAACUUCCUACCCUGACGCCAAAUUCAAUACUGUUUAUGCAACCUAACCUACUGUACUUCCCGAAGACGAAACUAGUGAUAUCGAAGGCAUAGAGCUGAGGAAACCAGCAAUGCAUUUAUCGAAGUGCCAGGACGCGGUAUGGUUUCAAUGGAAGAGUACAUAAACGGACUGAGAGAACUGCACAAUCUGAACAACAAAGGGAAAGAAGCAAGCGUUAAAGUAGGAGACAUGGUUUUGAUCCAAAACGACGAAAGGAAUCGCGGAAAGUGGAAUGUCAGUAUCGUAGUUAACCUUAGUGUAGUAAGAGCUGCAAAACUCAGAGCAGGGAAGUCCUAUUUGGAACGCGCCAUUUAACAAACAGUUAGCCCCGAUGGAACUGAGCAGUAGUUGCUGAUGAAAAUCAUAAGUUACGAAGUUUACUGCCACCUAUACAUACUUCUUUUUAUGAUUUAAGAAACGAUAGGAAAUUUGAAAUUCCUAGAUGUAACACUAAUCGUUUUCAAACUAGUUUUUUUGUGGCUUCGUGCCGCAAAUCAUUUAUCUAAUGCUAUUGAAAUGACCUAAUAUUUUUAAUAAUUUUAAAUUUUUUAGUAUAUUAAAGUAAUAAACAUCUUGUAUAUAUAAUAUUUAUAUGGAAUGUCAUCAUAAUGGCUUGAUAAACUCUUCUUUUAUAUUCUCGUAAUUAGUUAAAUUUACUUGUAAAAAAAAUACGCAAUUCAGCCUAUGGCUGCGAAGUAUUUUAUUAAAUCUAUCUAUCUAUCUAUCUAUCUAUCUAUCUAUCUGUGAUAACCCGUCCGUAGGGCGGAAGAGACAAACAACUUUGAAUGUGGAGGCGAGAUCAAAUAGGGGGAGAGUGUAUAUAUUUUUAGACAUUAUUGACAUUACGGAUAGUUAUUAAGACUUAUAUAAAGUAUUGCGAAUGAGAUGAGAAAAACAGUGAGAGAGACAUUUAUAAAUCGAAUGUGAGAGGUUUUCAUGAAUUUAAGUUUAAAAUAACUUUGUCGAGUAGAAAUAUACGUUUCCGACAUGUUUGGGCAGCAACAAAAAAUAUUGAUUUUUUAUCUUCUAACACCAAUGUUCUUUUAUUCUUACAGAAAAUCCUAUAGUGAUCUUCCUGCAGAGGCAGUUCUGGUUAACAUUCUUGGUGCCUCUCUUGUCAUACAUGCAGGCCUUACUUAUUUUAUCACAACAAACGACAACUUCAGGCGCGCUGGUACAGGUGAAGAGCGACAACCUCUGUUUGAACAUGCAGAUCAAGCAGAGUCUAUAGAAUAG